CUGAGGUCCUCCACCACCAGCAGCAGCCGCCUCCUCUUUCUCACUGGCCACCUGCCCCUCCGAGAAUAACACAGCGGCAUCAAACAGCUCAGGGUGAGUCCAGCCAGAGCAACGAGGCGAGAGGAGGAACUGACCGGCUUCUUGAGGCAUCUUUCCGGCUUCUAACAACCCCCCUCACCCACCUCUCUCCCCCUGUCCUGUGGGAGGACAGGCUGCGCGCAGCUAGGGCGCACUUGGCGACUCGGGUUUGUUGUCGUUACCAGGAGAGGAGCCCACAGCGACCACAAGCUCAGCUGGUCCGGCUCUCAUUAAACCGGGCUGCCCCUCUCUGAGGAGCCACUUGUAUGGAUGCACCAUGGCCACGUUCGUCAGCAGGGUUCAGUUUUUAGAUGAUACCGAUCCAUUCAAUAGCACCAAUUUCCCAGAACCGACCAGACCACCGCUUUACACCUUCAGGGAGGAUAUCCCACUCAUCAACCAGCUAGCAGGCAUCCACAGGCUGCUCAAAGCCCCACACAAGGUAGGAUUACCAGCCUGGUAAACAACGAUAACCUAGAAUUAACUCAUGUUAGUGAUUAUAUGUCCUGGGUAGGAAAUGAAGGGAUUUGUUGGUGUUCUGCUAUUAUUCUGUAUUACAUCACUUGAAACUCAAAGAUAACUACACUCCCAUAAUGCUUACAUUGCGUCAUAGAUAGUUUUUACUCUGAAGUGUAUUUAAAGUUUGACAUCAGAGCAAUACGAGGCUGUUUGGCAACGUUUAGGGCUGCUGUUUUCCACUUUAAGCCUACUGCAAAUAAACUUCCAUACCCACCAUCCAGAGGCUAUUUUGAGAGCCCAACUGAUUGGCUCUCCAGACCCAGGACUGAAACAAGGUUGCAAAUGUUUGCCUCAGAGCCCACAGCAACAAUAAACAUCAGCUUUACUUGUUUUUCUUUAUCUAAAUAUUCAGAUUUAAUCCAGUGCUGGUACAGUUAUGUUCCACUACAGCACCACUAUGACAACCUCUAACCUUUCAGUAGAAGGAUCUAGAGAUGAGAAAGUAUUCCCCUCUCAAAAUGAACAAACUUUUCUCAUUGCUUAAUAUAUUUUGCACUUUGCUUAGCAUGACACAGUGACAGGUGUGCAAAGGCAUCAGUGAAACUUGAUCCUGGUUGCUUCAUUCAUCUGGAAGUGACAGUCAACAGCUCUGGUGACCACAGAGAGCCUGAAUCAUGGCAGAUCAGAUUUGGAGAAUCAGAUUACGAUGGGUGUGAGGCAGAGAGAAAGUGUUGGUGUGCCAGUUUUGGUGAAUUUAAGCAACACAUUCCUAACUGACAAGGUUGAGUCACACAAACACACCCAUAGAGGCUAAAGAAGUCAAACAACCUUGCGUUAUUUUUACGUUUACAGGCAGAAUUUUUAGAAGAAUAAGACUUAAUUGUGCUGAAACUUCAAGUGAGACACAGUGAGAAAGAGAGAGUCUCGAUGCUGGCACACUACCCUGACAGCAAACCGGCGCUAAACAGCAGAGUGGUUUACCAGACCAAGUAGAUCUUCAUCUGCCCCAUCUUUAAAAGCCACAAAACAAAUGAAAAAUGGCCCGCAGAACAGAAAAGCUUAUGAUUACAACCUUUACAAGGACAGAUGGCAUGUCCUGGGUUCGUGUUCGCAAUUUUCUUUCGCAUCAUUUGGGAAAGCUGUGUGCCGAGGCAACUGGAUAUUGAGUUAAGAUUACAGGGGUGAAGCUAAACUGUUGCAAAUAUACUCUUCAGAUCAGCGAGAUGCAAAAGUCUCCCUUUCAGCGGGCUCAGUCUUAUUAUAUAAUUUGAAAAUAUCAAAGCUAGCAAGAGACUGACAAUUUCUUCAGCCUUUUUUUCAAUCUUUCUUUGUUAAGCAGUUUCUUUCUGUGUUAUUCUGUGAGAAAAGUCUACUGUAUUAUUAUGUUGUGAUGCUAGAGCUCUGUGUACGACUGGCGCGGAUCGCAUUUAAAGUAUAGGUCACUUGUCCCAGAAUUCCUGUGGCCAGGCCCUGGAUCCUUGCAACACUUUGUUCUCCUCAACCCUGGCUGCUGCGGUUUUCCUGACCUCUUCCUCCAUCUCCUCUUCCACCUCUGUGACCAUGCAGCAGCUCACAAACACACACACACACACACAUACAUAUACACACAAGGCUGGGCUGACUUGCCAGGGCUAAAUCAGUGCAUCAUGGUUUGUGUGCAUGUGAUGUGUCAUCUUACCCAAUCGGUUAAGGAAAGUGCCCCUUUGUUGAUAACUUUUCCCCUCUAGUUUAAAAAAAAAACACAAUUGCACAUAAAGAGUUUAAUCAAGGCUUAACAAUUUGAUUUUUAAAGAUAAAUAAGGUAUUAAGACAAGUUAAUACUCUGUUAAAACAUAAGAUGUGGAGGUAAGCGCAGAGACUUAACCAUCAGUCAUGCAGCUACAGAAAAAAUACUCCUCUCAAAGCCCAGACUUUACAGCUCAACUUGUAUUUCAUUACCAAAGGGGUCCCAUGAAAGCAACCCUGGGAGGUUUAAUAGCUGUGUAGAACACACCCUCCUCCUCACCCUUCAAAGAGCCUGAUCUUUUGUGGCUCUAAAUUUGACACAAAAAAAGUUCCUAAAAACUCGUCUGAGUUACGUAAGAGCAUUGUUAACUGUCAACCCAGCGUGAGUACCAGCAGACUUUGUGUUGUUUUAACAUGGAAGUGAUUACUCCCAAACCCCUACUUACUUUUUUUUUUCCCCCCCAGUUUCGCUCUUCUGGGAGAAUUUGAUUAAAUGAGUGUAAAGUAAACUAGCCACUAAGUGUUUCCCUGGCCCGUCCUGGAGCCUUGAGUGUGAAGAUUUUGCGGUUGGUUCUGGAGCCACCUCUCCGCUGGCUGCAUCUAAAAUGAUGUGUUUUUAUUUGAAUGUUAUUACUGCUUUUGCCCAAACAAAGUGUGUUUGGAGAGGGACUCCCAUUGGAGGGUGAGCAGAUAACAAAUUGUGUGCGGAGCAGUCCAAGACUCAGUUCUGGCUUUAUAAGCAGUAAGUCAAAUGAAGUUAUGUGUGCAGAUACAAAGGGAAGCAGGGAACUCCAGCUGUAAUUCCAAAGAAGUUGGAGCUCUGUGAAAAAUGUUGAUAAGAUCAUUUAAACUGCAUAUUUAAUUUGAAAAGUCAAAGGGAACAUCUCAAAUGUUGAAAUUGAAUUUGUCACUAUUUUAUGACACUCACCGAUACUCCUUUUAAAUUUGAUGUUAAAGAAAAGUUGGGGAAUGAACUACAAAACAAAAAAGGUGUAGAAUAUCUCCCAUCUAAUUUGCAACAGAUUAGGAACAUGACAGGGUGUUUAAGCUAGGGUGACCAUACGUCCUCUUUUACCCGGACAUGUCCUCUUUUUGGGGGGCUGUCCGGCCUCGUCUGGGGAGUUUAUAAAAUCCUUCAAAUGUCCGGGGUUUUGUAUGGAAGUUUUGAGUUUGUGUUGCAUGGACUAACUGAGUUAGAAGCACAUAAAAAACCUCAACCCAACCCGAAAAACUCUCAAAAUUGACUUUGUGCAACUCCAUGACUCCACCCUGUGUAGUAGUGUCCUCUUUUUGGGAAAUCAGAAUAUGGUCACCCUAGUUUAAGGGUUAUUCCUGAAGUAAAAAUUAGAAGAGGCUCAUCACUGCGUUAGACUCUGUGAGAACAAAUAGUUUAACUGUUUUAGAAUGAUGGUCCCCGGGGUAAAACUGCAACGAUAAGGGGUUUUCAUUAUCUACAGUACAUGAUAUCAUCAAAAAUCCAGAGAAACAGGAGAUAUCUCUGCACAAAAACAACAAGACUCUAGGCCAGUGCUGGAUAGCCGUGACCUUUGGCCCCUCUGCAUUUAAAACAGACUCUGUAGUGGAAAUCACUGCAUAGACCUAAAAAUAACUUUCAAAAACUGCAGUUUGUGAACACAGCUGGAUCACUUCUCUGGGCCAGAGAGCUAAUAUUUCUUCUGGAUAUCAUGGAUGCUGUGUCCUCUGCUCUUAAGAGGAGAGUGACUACCUGGGUUGAUAUCAGUGCAUAGGUCAAAAGCUAGUAUCUGUGAUAGUAUGGGGAUGUAAAAGUGCUCAUGGAACAGGUCUGCUUACACAUCUAGGAAAGAACCAUGGAUGCUGAACAAUAAAUAUGAGUUUUAGAGCAAAAGAUGCUACCAUCUGCCCCUUCAAGGGAAACCCUUGCAUAUUUCAAGAAGAUACUACCAAAGUAAAUUCUGAAGAAGAAAACCCCUGGAGUGCUUAACUGACUGGCCUGCAAUUACAACUUGUUGCCCAUUGAAAACAUUUGCUGCAAAAUUUGUCCAAAAUAGACCCCAAACUGUUUGGCAGCAAAAAUCUUUUAUCAGGUAAGAGUGGAACAUAUUCACUUUCAAAAUGACAGAAACUAGGGUUCCCAAACACGUCCCUGUCCCUGCAUUUUCAAUGUGUUACCUGUAAUUGUGUAUAUUUUAUUAUCAUUAAACCAUAAGAUUGUUUUCAGUUUCAACAUUUGAUAAGUUGACUUUGCUUUACAGAGGGGGUACUAUACAUUUUUUCAGACUGUACUUCCUCUCUGAUUUCUCUUUAAUAGCUUUACAUGAUUUCUACUGUGUGUUUGGAGAUGUUUUAAACCAGAAAUCUUUAAAGACAUGAAUACAGCGCUCAAAGAUGCUAAAUAGUGCCUCUGGUUUAGACUCUGAAAAUGUUUUUGUCUUAUUCCAACAUGAAAUUGGGGCACUGAAACUGGGCCUGAUCCCCCUCGCCCCCCACCCUCACGUUACCCCCGUUUCGCUGUGAUUAUAAUUAAAUAAAUCGCACUUGUGUUAUUUGCAUGGCAAGUGUGAAUGACAGAAGGUUCAAAAGAUGAUUAAAUCGGGCAAGACUACACAAAAUGCUUAAAGUGUGGAUGUGUUUGUAGACAGUUUCUGUAUGUCAUUAAUUUUUUGUUUGGAUUGAGUUGAUCUGAAUUUUUGGUAACUAAAUAUUUCCUGCGCUGUACCAUGCAGUUUCUUCUUCUUGUUGUGACUAAAACUAGUUUAGAUGCAAAUAUUCCUGUGCUCUUUUGCAUGAAAUGUGUAUUUGUGUAUACAGAGUGGCUUUGAGAAAUGCACACGUUGCAGGGGUGAAAGUAGGAUAAGAUUCUUGCAGGUACUGUACCUGUAGGCUUUGUACAAGAGGAGCACACCAGAGUUUAACCAGCUGCUGACUCUGAUGCCACAGUAUCAUCAUCUCUCUUUCUCUUAGACUUCAAAUCAAAUUUUCUCUGCAUUUUGUUUUAUUUCUGCAUUAAGAUUGAAGCAGCUGUCUCUUUAAAAGUCCCCUCCUUCCGCAAAAAGCGGGAGGUGGUCCCCAGCGCCUAGGCAACCAGCGUCCAAUCAAAAGUGCGCCCUGAGCAACAAUUCUGGAGUUUGUUUGAGGAAGCAAAUACGCUCACUCGCGAGCAGCAUGGUCCUAUUGGAUUAUUACGGUUACAAUAUAGAGUGAGGCAACACGGUAAGCAAAUGUAGCUUACAGACAUUGCAGGGGUGAAAGUUUGUGUAUCUCCGGCUGUAAAUUUCUGUUUAUGUCUUCCUGGUAGCGCGAUAUUUUUUUCGUAGGAUGGUAGUAGAAAGUCCCGCCCUCCUUUGCCUCUGAUUGGCUCGCAUAAGGAAUAACCAAUCGGAGCCCAGCACUUCUAGCCAAUCAGAGGCGAAGGAGGGCGGGACUUUCCCCUACCAUCCUGCAAAAAAAUCUUGCUUCCAGGUACGCGUACCGCUGCAUACCGGCUUACUUUCACCCCUGACUGGUUUGAAGACGAAUUUCUCUGAUGAAUUUGUAAUUAUUGGUGAUUUUGAGGAAAUAAACAACAAAAAACUUGAGAACAGGAAGACUUUAUGAUGCAUCACAGGGGAUUCUUGUCCCUAAAGGCCACCAGUCCUACACUGAAGGGUGAGCAAGGGAGCAUGUCAGUCUAGCAUCUGACAGCUAGAUAGGGGAGAGUGGGCUAAGAUGAGACAUUUUUUCACAUUUCGGAUAUAUCAUAGUUUUGUCUCUAACUAGUGUAUCUGCAUAUAUUUCAAGAUGUUGUGCAUUCCUGCAAACCAAUAGAAUGAGUGCAAACAUAACUGUCUUGAUAAUAUAUAUAUAAAUGGUCUACUAUGGUCAACUUACCCCGUGUAUGGGGUAACCCCUUCACCCAUGUGCUUCUAACCUUCACAUACCCCAUGAAUUAAUGCCCAUCUCCUGAAUAUUUGGUCCUAUGAUCAAUUUCUUUUACCAUUUCCAAGCAACAAGGGGGUGGCUCAACUUACCCUUUGGCUCAACUUACUCGCCCUUCCCUAUAGCUAAAUAUUACCAUUUUGACAGGUUGGUAAAUUAGCCCUCAGGAGUUGGCACUGAUCUGUGUGUAGUCCACCUAAAGCCCAUCUAUCAUAGUCCUCAGAUGUUUUGUCUUGUUGAAGCUCUUUUACAGUUUUCUAUCUAGAGUAUGUAUGAAACUGGCAGCUUUUUUGUGAGCCUGACCACAAUUUUGACAAGAACUGUGGCCAGUUGCUGAGUUUUUUUGCUUUGUGGAUUAGCAUGACUGGAUUAAAGUUGGUGUGAGCUGAUAAUAGAAAAUCCAAGCAGACCCUAAAGUCACCCAAAGUUUUUUAAACUCCAUGAGUCCUUGAUGUAGGAUUAGGAUUGGUGAAGGAAUUUAUCAUGAGUUAGCGUAUUUCCGUAAAGUUCAAUGCAACAAGGUUAAGAGCUUAUCCUAAGCAAAACUUUGGCCUUGGCAUAGCCCCCUUUAACUCUCAGCCCCUGUAGACACACCCACUCUAGAGCGCCUGCUGCCUCAGAGCAGAGUAAAUAUAGAAAGGUUAUAUUUAUGCUCUGAGUCCAUCCGACAGUCCGUCUCUGUGUUUCUGAGUGAGCUGGAUGGACAGACAGAGAGCAGCAGCAGGUCUUGUGAUCUGCCGGUCAGAGAGUGUCGUCGUGCAGCUGGAUCAGACGGCCAAGGGGGCAUUUGGCUGGACACCAGAGGCCAGGCCAGGUUAGGCCUACCACUACCACAGAGGUGCUAAAUGCUACCUCAACUCGUGACUCUGAUCUGACACACACUCAUACAUGAGCAGCUUUGACAAUAAGCUGCAAAGCACACGGCUGAUGUAUUCGAUGAUGUAUGUUACUUUUUAUGAGUUGUAGCUGUUUGCACCUGCUAUCAGCUUGUGACUGUAUCCAUAAACAUCAAUGCCAGAGCUGUGCAGAUAUUUUACUGUGCACCUGGUCUCACGCUCAGCAGGGUUUCUCAUUACACAGCAUUGUGGGUUAACUCUGACAUGGGCUGCUCUGUGGUGUCACCUUAGAUCAUGCAUUUGCAGAAGGCUUGAGUGCAAGACUGGUCAGAUUUUAAGAUGUGAAAAUCAAAACCAAGCUCCCAUCUGUUGUAUGUGACAUUGUACAGAUGUUAAUCAUAUUUGCAGCAAUGAGGAGAAUGAUGCCUUAUUGGAUUUAGAUCGACUUCAGCUGGCAAUAGUCAUGUCAGGUAUUUAACCAAAUUUAAGUGUAAUUUUCCUUGCAGCACAUGCAUCUCUAUACAUUUUAACUGUUUUUCUGUUUUGGUUCCAUGUUCUGCAGCUGUAACGUCUGAUUCUCUGCAAAUAUACUCCCUUAACAGUGUUGUAAUGUUGAAAGCAGAACCAUGCCUCGUGUGGCUCGCCCACUUUUCAUGGAUCACUGUGUGGACUGGUUUUCAGAUCUUUUCCCUGUUAGCUAAAUAAAUUUUACGGGCUCAAACUGUUUUAAAAAAAGGGUGUGAAACACAUGCAGGGAUUUAGUGAAGGAGUUUUAAGAAGUAGUGGGCCUGGAGACUAAUGUCAUUACUUUGGGUGAUUCCUGUAUAUAUAUCACAGUCAGGGGGAGGGGGAUUUUAUAUCAUAUGCAUCAUAUUUUCCAUCUCUUCCAAAUGCCAGUUUAGGCUGGUAGCAGUUUUUGAUUUAGUAGUCGGCCUUUAGUUUUCUUUACAGCAGUUGGAUCCAAUUGUAGUUCAGGGCCAUUUCAUUUGUUGAGUCUCUCGCUUGCAUUAAAAGUAUGUUUUCCACUCUGUUCCACAGCUUGAUGACUGCACACUACAGCUCUCCCACAAUGGCACCUAUCUGGACCUGGAGUCCUCUCUGGCUGAGCAAAGGGACGAGCUGGAGGGCUUUCAGCAAGAUGACACAGGGUGAGUUUGAUCACUUUUCCUCUUUUUCAGACUAAGAGAGGAAUCCCUUUGUCAUUUCCCUCCAAAUACUCUUGCGCACAUAUUUUUCGAGUUUCUCCAUUCUUGUAAAUGGGAAUAAUCACAAACUGCUGAAUAUAGAGUCCUUGGAAGUGCUACUUCAUGGAAAGUAUGAAGCUCAGUGGAAAGAGGGACAGAUGUACUCACCCUCUUAGAGCGAGCCUCAGUCUGUGUUUUUACAAUAACAGAUUUCAUAAGCUUUAUUGUGUCAAAAUGUUAUAGUACAAAUACAAAUACAACACGAAGCGUCUAACUUAAUAAGAAACAGCAUGAUUAUUUGUGUUCUGAGUUUUUUCAGGUUCCUAAAUCUCUCAGCAGCAGUGUUUGUGUCUCUCUUAGUGUAAGCAGGAGUGAAACCUGCUAGAAUCUGGAUUUCCCUGCACGAAACAGAAAAAUAUAAGUGAACAAGUGUUGGACAAUUGAAUGCAAAAACAUAAACAAAAAGAAUAAGAAAAGUGAAUAAAAAUAAUUGGCGUGCGAAACAUCAGUCAGUCUUAACUUCUGCUUGAACAACGUUGAAUGUUUUUCAUUUUCAAGUGGGACUAAGUGUUGUCUGGUUCUGGAUUUGUGCAUUUCUUUUACCUAAUUGGCAGCCUGAACUCUUGAGAAAUAAAGCCAAUGGUGAAGGGCUAAAAGGUCAUCUUUAAAAGAAAAAUAAAGCCCUAUACAGCCUGGUUCAAGUGGUUAUUUUGGACAGAAUAGCUCUUUUCUCUAUAAACACACAAUAUAGGAGGGUGAACAGUUUCUGUAAGAUUUUUAGGUCAAAAUUUUGCAUGACGGGUACGGCUGACUUGAUGACAGGCGUGCAUGCAGUAAGCUGGCUGUUUUUAAGCAGGUCAAGGUCAACUCCCACCCUGUCUCUUUGUCUCUUACUGACUGACAGUUGGAUGAGUUGGCAUUUCCAACAUGGCGGCCACUAUUGAUGGUCUUCAGAACUUCACCCCCCCACAAAAAAAAUAAAUAAAUAAAUAAAAAGAAUAAAAUAAAAUCAAUAAAUAAAAUAGUUAAUAAAUAAACAACACAACCCCCUUCAAUAUAAAACAAAACAAUAUGUUACUUUAGCCUGUCCUGUAAUUGUGUACUAUAAGUCAAACUGACUUUGGAUCUGCAGUAAUAAUAAUGCAAUCAAAUUUUAUUAGUCGCACCUGGCCACAAAGUCUGCCAUUGAUUAGCGGCAAAACCAGGAGUUAAAGAUAUGAUAUGAUUCUACAAAGGGAUUCCUUCAAACAGUACAAGUCUCUCUCAUCCAUACAGUAAGUUACUUAAGAUGAAAAACCCUGAAAUGUAUCAAAUUUAUUGGAUGUAAACAGCCAGUAAAUUAUUGUUGGCACUGUUGUUGAGUGAAUUGUGUCAGCACGUUGGUCACCACAUGAGUUGUGCUUUUGGUUUUUGGCUGGAACUUCUAAGAUCCGUGGUAAAGCAUUGUCUCAUUGAACUUUGAGAAACACACUGAGCAGGCUGCAGCUCACUGGCUGCAUGCUUUUGUGUUUGUGUGUGUGUGUGUGUUUCUGGAGAGCUGUGGUAUGUUGAUGUGUUUGGAGACCGGGGGCUGCCGCAUGAGAAGUGAUGGCAGAGCCACAGAGCUGUGGUUUUUUUUGAGACUGUUUGCUUCUGUUCUUGUUUCCAUGUGUACAUCUAUUUGUUUGUCUAUGUAAGUGCCUUUAUUGUGCGCCUUAAAAGCUAUGUGACACAUGACGGACAGGCGAAUAGAGGUGUAUUUGUGUUUUUCAGAAGUGUUUGACAUGUCGGGGAACUGGUUAUAUUAGACAGACCCGUGUGUCAUCCUCUUAAACAAAGCUUUCAUUGGAGGUUGCACCAUGCUGAGAGGGAAUUGUUAAGUUCAGGUUGAGUUUGAGGCCAAACAUAGCAUGGGUUAAGGAUGGAUGCUUUUGCCCUACCUUCCUCUUGUAUGGGAAACACUAUGUAUAGUUGCUUGUUUUAUACUUAUAUUCAUUAUCCUGUCUUCCAUCAAUUAUUUGUGGUUUCUAAAAACUGUGCUGGCCCCAUUAUAAUAAAUUAUGUGUUAAGCAGAUCUCAAGGCUUCCACUUUCUUACUUUUUUCUUACAAGAUCUCCCUCAAAACACUAAACUUUCACUUUCACUAAAAGAUGUUUUGAAUAUGGAUUGGUGUGGAAAGAUUCUCACCAAGAAUCGAUGUUCCCAGGCAUCAAAAAUAUGUUUUGGUAGGACGCUGCUGACCACAGAUGACAGUAAACAAAGUCCUCUGGUGACAGCUUGGAGAUGCUUUCACUAAGAGAAAGUGAUGAGAAAAAUUGGGGGGGAAAUUUCUGCAUGUUAGGAUGCUGUUCAUUUGAUAUUUUGCCUUUUUCCCAAAAAACUGCACAUCUUAGGGUUGCAUGCUGAGUCUGAUCUUCUUUAUUUGCAAUGAAUGACUGUCCUUUCCCUGAUUUUCUGAUUUGACUUUUAUCCUUGCAUAGUAUUUUAUCAGAGUGGUAAAGUAAGAAAAAUUAAAUUGGCAGAAAAAAACUCAUUUCUGUCAGCAUCUCAACAGAUCAUGUUAACAUUUUGCUCUAUUUCCGAGCAAAGCUGAUAACGCAGCUUAAAAGCGGGAUAAGAGGCCAGCUGGUCUCCUGUUUGGGUGUGUGUUAUUUCAGCGGUGUGUUUUUUAUCAGAGCGGCGCUUUCUCUGCAUGGAUUGCAUGUUAUCAGCGUGUUAAUGAUGGAGGUCUGUGAUUGGCCCCUACAGAUUCAAGGAUAAGAGUGAAGGUUAGGGAGAGAGAGUUUGAAUUGCUCUCAAAAUACCGUCAUAUUUCACCUUCAUGUUUGAGCGCACUCUUCUUCUUUUCCCACUGGAAAUAUUCCAUGUAUGAAUGUGUGAUCACACUGGUAUGUGGAUGUGUGUUUAAAAAUGUGUGUUGUGUCUGCUUCUGCAUUUCUGCCGUCUGUCCUCAAGGCUAAGAUGUGUAUCAGUAUGUGGGCCCGAAUCCAAUGCAGGCCACUGUUAGUCUGUGUAUUUCCCGUCAAGAGUACUGACUCAGCUUUGGAGAAGAUCUGGUCUUGAUACAAGUGGUAAAAAUGGUUUGGAUGCUGUUUAAAAUGAGGCGUAGCUAAUCAGAUACCAAAAAUUCUGUAGCCUCCAAAAAACACUUUUCUUUUUUUCUCUAACAUAGCAGCUUGCACGACACUUACAUGAGUAAAAUGACCAUUUGAAGGGUAACCUAAUAGAGCAGUUUCAAAGCCAGCAAAAUGUUUGCAACUAGUGUUUGCAGAGUGAACUUCAUUUACAAGAACAUUAAGUGGCACAGUUUGUAGAAAUGGGUAUGUUUUGCAAUAUCUACUGGCCAGUAUGAAAUGCCCUUUGUCUCACCCUCUUAUUGAUGAAGUAACGGUGGCCUUCAAGGACAAGAAGCCCCUGUAAUGCAAUCUGCGUAUGAUCCUCAAUUCAUCAAGGUUCCAUCAUCAAAAACAUUUUUCAGCACAAAGUCUUGUGCGCACAACCUCCUCUCUUCUUCCAAAUGGUGCGCAAAAUGCAUGUGAUGUUGGUUUGUUUGUUCUGUGCUACGGUAGAACCAUGGGGGUGCAAGAUGGCGGCCUUCAUGGAGGGGGACCCAUUCCUCUGUGACAGAUGAUGCAUGCAAAGUUAACAAAACAAAAUAAUACUUUAAACUCAGUUGACAAUAAACAUGUUACUUUCCAUUUCUACUAAGUCUGUUUUGCCAAAUGUUGCUCAUCACUGCACACAGUGACUUCAAAACAACCAAGGCUUUACAAACUAAGAAGGUACAGCAAGAAAACAACAAUAAACAAUACGUCAUAUGAAAACUGUACAAUUAGAAGAGAUAGAAAAUGGUCUGAUUGUGAAAGGAAGACCAGAGACAACAAACAGCAGUGACUUACUGUGAAUAUCCAAGAGUGUGGGCACGUCCUAUUUAAAGAGGUAAGCUGAACCGCAGGUUAAGGGUAAGCUACUGUAGAGGCUGGUCCAUCCAGGAGCAGCUGAUUGGUCAAUGCCAGUGCCUCAGCUGGGUAUGAACAUCUGAAAGCAGCUAAUCAAGAUGGUGCCAGUGAGUUCAAAGAUUUUAAAGCCAACAUUCAAAUGUUUAGAUUAUUCUGCUAAUAAUAGGGCUGUAAUCAACCAAAGAAAUUCUUGGUCGACUAAAAUACUGUAAUUUUUGACCAAAAAUCGGUUCGAGUUAGGGUUCUGGUGGCGCGGCGAAUAUGUACUGAUACUGAUAUCAGCACAAAAAAGCAAUUAAACACAAAUAUGAUUAUAUGCAGCAACUCUGAGGUUGAUUAACAUGGACGCUCUUCAGUCUUCCUGUGUCCAGCUGGUCUCCAGUGGGUUGGGCAAAUCCAAAAUGCUCUGAAAACACCCCCAUUAGCACUCUGUGCGUUCCUCCUGAUGAAAUUAACCAUAAACUGUAAAUCAAUGUGCUAAAAAAAACAGCCGAUCAAUCAGAAUUUUUGUUGACUCAGCAUGUAUCAACCAAUAAGUAGACCAGUCGACUAGGAAGAAUGAUGAAGGAUGUCCAUCAUAGCGAGUCUUUCCUUCAGAUCUUACCUAAAUAUUUAAUUUCUCUGUCAAAAGUGUCCAAAAUUUCUCUUACAUUAAUAUAAAUAUUAAAGCAUUCGGCUAUUGGGUUUAGCAGGACUGCAUCUCAAAACUAUCACCCUUGUUGCUUCAUUUCUUUAUCAGACUUGACUCAAGGAUGUACACGAAAAAAGUUUGUUUGGUUUGGCAGUAAGAAAAAGUCUUGCACAAAUACAGGGCUCAGUUUCUGUCAUUGAGAUCUCUUUUAAUAAAUAAUAAAUCUGCUCACUCCUGUCUUUGUCAGGUCCCGGGGAAAGAAGCACAGUGUUGUUCUACGGACCCAGCUGACCGUCCGUGUACACGCCUGCAUCGGUGAGUGCUGUGUGACAUGUUUAUAUAUGUGUUUAACAGGAGUUUCUCCCUCGACGGUCACACAUCCACAGUCAAAACACAUCAGUAAGCCCAGGAACAUACUGUACUACACAUUCAGAUGACUGUCCUGGGGUUUACUCGAGGUGCAUGCAGGGGUCAGCGUGAGACCUCCUACUCAGAGGCAGGUCUGACUGGUAUGCAAAAUUUCAAAUUCAGCGUAGUAUUGUGAUGAUGUCAGUGACUGUGUUUAAUAUGUGCACGGGGAGCCGUGCCAUAAUCUGGAAAGGGGAAAGUUUUUAAAGUUUUUUUUUCAUGCACAUAUGUGACUCAGUGAUGUUACCGUUGAGCUGUACAGCUCAGCUUUUCCUCUCUCAGGCUGCUGAACUAUUCACAGUCUGAUACCCGAGAAUCCUCUAAGUUUGUGAUUGUGAGGGAGAAGCAAAGGGAGAGAGGUGUAAUUAUCAUUCAAAGUAAGAGAAAAUGUAGGGGUAGAAAAGUGGAGAAAGAGGAAGUAAAUACAAGAAUUAGUUCUAUGCAGUGGAGAAACAGCUGAUCGGUUUGAAGAAUUGCACAAAUAACAAUAUUUUUUUAAAGGUAUAAUAGAUCCAGUCGUCUCAUUUGAUGGAUGAAUUUUGGAGCUACUUCAACUGUAUUAGACCUUAAACCUGUUAAUCAUGUCCUGGAAAUAAGGGCAAAAUAUAAACUACAUAACAGUUUUCAGCCAUGGUCCAGAGAUGUUGAAAUUUAAUUAGCUGGCCUAACUAACCAACCUCUGAUUUUCAUAAAAGUCAGUCAUGUGUUCACGUGAAACACAGGAUAAACUCUAUGGAGCCGCAACUCACCCUCCAGUCACCUCGCUCCUGCUCUCCUCCAUGACUCGUUCACAUGGUCAACAUUCUCCAUGCCAGUGAUAGCGGUGCUAAUUCUGGAUCCUUGAAUCAGUGCCUCCGAUUGGCUUAGAGUGCUGGUGAGGUCAAAGGUCAUGACAGUGGUGUUAAGGGAGAAAACGUGCACGUAUCUCACCAAAUGUAUUUCUUACAUUUCCAAACUGCACAUAUGACGUAUGAAAACAGUGAAAAACAGUAAACUAUGAUCAUUAAGAGUGCAAUAUAUAAACAGCAAACCUAAACAAACAUUGUAACAAACUUCUCAGUGGAUCUAGUAUUAAAGUCCCACUCUGAUAGUUUUGUUUUUUUACUAUUUAAAGUAUUAUCAGUGGUCUUUAAGUAGCGAUUAUGAGGUUUUUAGCCAAAAUCGCACAAACUCUCACAAGGAAUCUUUCCAUUGCACAGAGUUUCGAAUAUAACUCAAGACUUAAUUUCAAAGCUUAAUUUUGCAAACAUCAUGUUCCACACUUUUUUAUUCCCUAGAGAAAUACUGCUUUAUUUCCACAUGAUUUGCAUUCCCUCUUGAAAGACGUGAGUGAAACUCAAAUUUUUGCCCGAUGCCACAGCUUGAUGACAGAGUUCGCUCAAAUUAUUGACCUCAAUCCAGAUUUUGUUCAACAUGUCACAGAUGCCAGGGCAGCCACCAGACCCGGGUUGAUACUCUGGAACUGCACUCUGUAAUUCUGCUGCAUUAAACAGAUGUAUAAUCAGAUAACACAAGCGAGUCAGCGUGAUCCAUUCACUUUAGAGAUCUACUGACCAUUUUCCACCCCCCUCAGAGACGCUUCAAUGAGCGGGUUCAGCUUUUCACUUAUCAACCCCUCUAACACCCUCUAAUCUUCAGAGGACUUGACCUCCAAAUCGCCUAGAUGGUGGACAUCAAACUGUCCACUCAGUGAGACAUCUGCCUCAAUGAAGGAUCUACUGUGUCUGCAAAAUCAAGUGUCUUUAACUCACAGUUGGAUGGUUGCUGUUGCAAGAGAACGUGUUUUAAUCAAAUGGUGCUAAAUGCACGACUGUAACUUUACUUGUGUGACUGAAACGCAGGAAAGGAUCAAUUGCUUACAGAUUACUAAUCUUGCUGUGUUCUUCAGCUUCCACUUUUGAUUGAAAGGAUUAGGAUUUGCUUGUGUUCGGGUCAAAGGUCAGGGAGAUCUUAGGGUCUGCAGCCUUCUUCAGUUGUUCACUGAUCGUCUUCUUCAGGGGUUUGAAACUGAGCAUAACUGAGAGAAAGACAGCCCUCCUCGGCAUUUCUUGGCACCGAUGCCAACGGAAAGAUCAAAUUACAUCCAGCCUGGCCAGUUUGGGAUUAAGGAUGCUCUGUGGUGCAUGUGCAUGAGUGAGGGGGUGAUAAUGUGGGCGAGUUAAUGAGUUUUUCUGAUGUAUAUGAAAAUGAGAACACAUUGGCGUGGUCAGCAAAGCAUUGAGUUUGAGUGCUGGUGUAAGCACAACUCUUCAAGUAAUGUGUGUGUGUGUGUGUGCAGGCCUUCAUGGCACUUUAACGAUCCAGCUCCUCCCAGCACUCACUGCACGGCUCCCCAAAGGAGACUGAGGUCAAUUUGACUGGAAUUUAUCUUUUUGUUUACAUGGGGCACAUGCCCUGAGUGCUCCCAGAUUUAGCUUAUGUCCUGAAUCCCGUUUAUUUACGGUCCUCUUUUAUCUCUCUGUCUUUCGCUCCUUUGUUUCCUAAUAUCUGCUCACAUGCCCUUUGUCCUCAACCUGCCCCUCAUCUCUCUGUUGAUCCUGCGGUCUGCAGUCCCACCAUAGUGCCAAUCAGAACCCCUUGUUGAAGGGUUAAUUUUAGCCAUCCCUGCUGCAGCAGAGCUGUUGUAGCUGGCGGGCGAGGAGAGGUGGCUCAGAGGUGGGGGUGAAGUGAAGGUGUUAUCUUUAGAAAGUGUUGACAGUACAGAAACAUGUGAGGAAGACGGCACAGUGCUGAACCCCGACUCUCUAAAUGUGUGAGUUACAGGAAGCAAGUGAGACAAAAAAAAGGUGGAUUGAGGAAGUCACAAGAGAAAUGUAGAUAACAAGAUUCAAAUGGAGAAAAAUGUGUCAUAUGAACGGCAAUUCAACCAGACAGCUGUAACCCUGAAAACUACACUAAGCUCAAGUUAGCGCAGUUAAAUAGGAAGUGGAGAGUUAUCAACAGUUACCUUUUGAAAUGUGACUUAUUUCAGUGUUAAUAUCUGUCAACCCUGAAAAUAUGAACUGAACUGAACAAUUGAUGUUUUUUUAUCACAAACAAAAACAAACAAACCCAUCAGAGUAAAGACUGAUGACUUUUAUAUUGUAACUUUUAUUGCCUAAAAAUGUUAUGAGAGGGUAAGCUGAAGAAUCAGCACUAUUUUUACUUUAACACGUAAAAUAUUAACAUUUAAUGAUACAUUUUACCUCUAAAAGUCAGAAGUAUUAUAUGUUUGUCAGAUGACACGACUUAAGCACAGGGACUGCUUUGUCCACAAGGGGGCACUAAAGAUGACACAAGCUAGAAGUUCCUUACAAGAACUUUAAUGUUGCUGUACUGGCAUCUGGGUGGCGUCUUUCAAGUAUAUUAAAGUAUUUAUACAAGUUAUGCAGUUAUCACCCAGAACUUAUGCUUUUAUGUAAAGCAGACCCUGGAGAUGUAAAAAAUUUAAUAGAAAGAAAAAUGCAAAACAAAAUGCUGAAAUGGAGGCCUGGGGGAAAUCCUCCCCCUCAUGAAAAAUGUAGUCAGUGUAGUAGGUAGAUAAACCGUUUUAACCCCCAGUCUUAAUUACUAAAUAAGAAGUUAUUUAUAAGGACGAUUUUUUCAGGAUAUUGACAAGCGAUCAUUAGUUUUGGCUGCAUGUCAUAGCCUCUCAAAACAUCUACUACCUCACUUGUUUUUCAGGGUGAGUCCUCAGAAGAUGAGCUGCAUAUUGAAAUCUUUUACUUCCCUUCAAUGUUGUAACAAGAUGACUGGACAGGCUUGUGAUUGCUCAUGAUUGAGGAUGUUCCUCACGGGUAAUUUCCUUGCUGAUUAAAUGGAAAUUGGAUUCAGAUUAGUCAGCCUCUCUGAAGAUAAGAAAACAGUGAUAAAGCAGUCAGAGCUGAGCACAAUUGGUCUCACAUAAUUAACACCACAUCAAGGAGUCUGCAGGUGAAAAAUGGGAAAUUGUUUUGCUGAGUAUGACUAAGGUUAGCAGAGCUAGCACCACCACCACAUGCUUGCACUGGCUAUUGCUCUGAGGGAUUAUUUACACAGCUGACAUAGAACUCCACUUUUCUAAACCAAACUGUGUUUCACUACAGGAUCGACCGGCCUCAGAUUUAUAUUACUAUAAUCAUUUGUUAAAUUUUUGUGAUCUUUACCUACAUUGGUAUACGUAUCCAGCAGCAAUGGCUUAACACAUCAAUAUUAUUUUGCACUCUGUGAAACUACACAUAAUGUACCUGGAUAUUCUUCUAAUUUCAGAGCUUAGGUUUCCCAUGCGGCCCCUUUUUUUUUUUUCCAGCCUCUCCUGAAGUGAAAGGCUAUGCAGUAAUUAAAUACAGUUUAAGUGAUCAAAUAUGGAGAGGGUAUGCUGCCUGACAGGUAAAGCUCCCUGUAAUGACUGCAACAGCAGGUGAAACAAUAGAGUCGGAGUGCAGAACAAAAGACCUCGCAUGUGUUCUGGAGCCUGUUCAAUCCCUUGGCACUUAGCUCUGGAAUUUCGCCCCUUUUCCAAAUAAUUUGGCUUAUAUACUGUUGGAUUUUUCUGCUUCAAUUAUCCAUUUCUAAUCACCCCCUGCAGAACAGUCAAGGAGAGGUGGGGGCUGGAGAUUUAGAUGGAGUAAAAAAAGUGAGUUGCUUUGAUUCCCUCAACGUGUUCUGUUACAUAACAGAGCUGAAGAUUGUGUUGCAUCCGCCUGCCUGUUAAGCCCAAAUCUUCCCUUUCAGCGCUGGAUAAACUACUCACUCAAACACCUCAGGUUGUUUGUAUGUUUUGUCCAACUUUUGAUGAAUCCACAAGUGAUAACUGACGAACAUAGAAGAUAAGGGUUUAUGGACAGUGUAUUUCAUCACUGUUAAAAGUUAAAGCAUCAGGACGAGUUACAAACAUUCAAAUCCCUGUAAAUAUGAGCGUACCGACAUGGUGCUUGGUAGUGAUAAAGCAGUACUCACUAUAUAGUGUUGCUUUAACCAUGGGGGUGCAGAGGUACUGACAGUCGUCUGGCCUCGAGAUGCCGCAGAAAGAGUUGACUACAGCUGGUCCUAACAGCAAUUUACUGUGCCAGUGCCCCCCCGCUGUGGGAGAUAAGGCCUGGUAAUGGCAUGGUGUGACAGGGAGAUAAUGCUCGGUAAUGGGGAAGCUGAAAUGGGGCAGGGGUAUGUGACAUCUGUGGCUGCACGGUCGUAAAACUCCAGACACACCAUAUUACAUUUUAACUACUUUUCAAUCUGGCAGGAUUUCCCCUUCAUCCUUUUUAAGUGGACUUGGCUCUACUUUUGUCCUCAUCUCUCCCAGCAUGUUGUAUACCAACAACAUAUACUCUUGUUAUUUGACCCCUUAUGUUUCUUUCUUUUCCUGGCUUUCUCCUGCCCAUAAAUCUAUUUUUUCUCUCUCCAGCUUUAUGACAUGUUGUUUUUAUAGACACCUGUAGCUAUAGCUCUGCAAGCUGUGCCUCAUAUCCUCUCUGUCUUGAAGUGUGCAAAAUAGGAAAUUUGCAGUGCUUAUGUUUGCAUUUUUAUUGGCCCAUCUAGACCUGCCACUCAUUCGUAUAGACCAUGGGCCUUCCUAAAGUCAGCAGUGGUGUAUUUAGGAUACAUUUUUCUCUUUUCAUCUGGGGUUUACAAAAGAGGAAGAAGGAACGAGAGGAUCAUUCAAAUAGUUUCCUCUCUACCCUCACCAGCAGCUGAGACCCCGAUGAGCCGACAGAGAACAUUGCACCCACAUGAGUCAUGCCUAAGUUACUGCUGUGAGAGAUGGAGAGAUGGCCUGAUGAGGCUUCAGGGAAUGAGGUGUAGAGCAGUGGAAGUGGUGAAAUAACUUAACAGCAGUAGCUGCUGCAAAAGCCAGAAAUUUGCAUCCAUCCUGCAGCUGUUCUCCGUUUCUGUGCUGCAGUAGCACACUCCUGAGUGUAUCUAAACCUAAAAAAAAGUUGCUGAGUUUCUCUUUUCUAAAAGUCAAUCCUGUCUAGGGUGACCAAAUUCUGACUUCCCAAAAAGAGGACACGACUACGCAGGGGUGGAGUCACAGAGUCACACAAAGUUAAUUUGGAGAGUUUUUCGGGUAGGAUCGAGUGGCUUUUACGCACUUCUAACUCAGUAAGUCCAAGUGACACAAACUCGAAACUUAUGUACAAAACCGCAUUUAAAGGAUUUUAUACACUUCCCCGGACAAGCCUGGACAACCCCCCCAAAAAAACGACAUGUCCGGGUAAAAGAGGACGUAUGGUCACCCUAAUCCUGUCAGGCCAUGUUCUCAGUCACGCUGGGUAGUACCUAUUUGGAAUCACUUACCAAAUGUAUUAUUGAUUUUUCUUUGGGUAAAAGAUAAUAAGAAAAACUUGUUUCACAUUAGACUAGUGAUUCCCAGAUUUGGGGCCUUUCGGGGGCCUGGAGUCAUGAUUGGGGCGACAUUGCAAUGCUUAAUGAGUCAAUGCACAGUGUUCUGCACUGCUGGCAAAGCAUAGUCGAUUUUGUUAAAAGGACUCCCAGACAAAGGCAAGGCUGACAUUGAAGCGACUCCAAAUGUCACAACUACUAAAAAAGAUGAGACUGUAUCAUCUCCACCAAAUCAAAAAAUCAGAAAGUGUUAUGGUGUCACUUUUAAUUGCUUCUUUUGCAGAAAUGGCUUGUUGAUUUUUUACAAGGUAAUAAACUGAAGUUGAUAUUCCGUUGCUGUGCUCUAAAGACACAGAAACGUGUUAGUAAAGCACAUGUCUGAUAGGGUGUUUUAGUGCAUGAUGCAUAGCUGAUGGGUGCAUAUGGUUCAGGAAAGGGUGACUUGAAAAGUAUUCAAAAAGGGGUUAGGAACCACUACAUCAAAUCAGUGUUCUCCAACAAUAACUGAAUUUAAUCCAACCACCAUUGGUCAUUCAACUUGAAAGUGAAUCAGAUACAUUAGUAAGUUAACUAACAAAAGCGUCAAGUAGUUCACAGAUCUCUCUUUUGUGUUUCAGCACUCAUGUAUUCUUGAAGUGAAAUUUCUGUAUGGAACUGUUAGCCUUUACCAUGGUUACUGGGGAACCAAGCAUCACAUCUGUUUACUUCUUCGGUUUCUAAGAGGCUGGAGACGGUGGGUGUGGAAAGUGCAGGACCUUCACACAAGAGUCUGGGUUUUUAGUUCCAUGACCUGGUCUGUGGUUAGGCAUUGGGAACAAAAACACUUUGGCCAGGGAAAGAUCCAUGGCUUUGGUUCGAGUUUAAUAACAAUUCAGAAGACUCGAGUCACUGCAGCAUUUUUCUAACACGCAAAAAACAAACAUCUUGAAUAAUGCCAUGGACCCCAUGUGUGUGCACAUGUAUACCAAGACUUUUGAGGAAAACGAACCUAAUUUGUCUUCUGUAAACAUUUCAACUGUUCAGUAUCAACAUUUUAGUGAAUUCUUAGAUUUAAGUGAUCAGUAUUUCUUCGUCAUGAUGAAGGAUGUUAAAUUCUGUUUCCUUGUGUUUUUUGCUGUUGGAAAUAAGUUGUAUAUGGACGUCUUUUCUCGAGACAGGGCUGUAUCAGGACACAUCCAGAUAAAAAUCACAACUGAGACUUCAGCACUGCUGAAUCAGUACAAGUACAAACACAGAGCGGGAUUAUUUAUGGAUUUUAAUCCAGCUGCAGCAGUGCUUCUCUUGGUUGCUGUGGUAAAAGUGGGACUUGUCUGUUAUAGUGUUGUGCUGCUGUGGAUGUGGCAGGGUUUUCCCUGGACUCCAGAUAUGCUGACAGCCCAACUGUUGCACUUUGGCACAACGUUCUGCUGUGUGGGGUUUGCUUUCCCAGCCCUCUGUGUGCGUACUGUAAGAAACUUAGAAAUAUAUCACAACAUAUUUGUGUGUGUGUGUGUGUGUUGGCUGUGAGUGUGUCUGAGUGUUACGUCUGGAUUUGUUCAUAUACGCAGCUGAGUGUGCCUCCACAAACCUCAGGCCGGUCUGUUUUAAUCAUUUUGAAGCUAUUACAUAAUGCAAUAAAACAUUACAAUUACCACAAGCCCAACAUCCAGAACACACACUGGAGAAUCUGCGGGCUUGGCAUCUCAUCCAGCUGUGGGGUUUGAGAGAUGAUGGGUUUAGGGGAUGUGCCGAGAGAGACGGGGAGUGGAAUGAUUUCCAGGGAAAUGGUAGAUCACUUAGGGAAGGAAACACAGGGGAAAAACAAAGCAAAGAGGAAAUGCACCUGCCAGACAGAGCAGCAGCAGCAGCAGCAGCAGCAGCACUUGGCCAGCAGCUCCAAAAGUUAUGUCAUUGUGGUUCACUCACUCACAGGUGAGGAGAGCAAAGAAAGAAGGACGGUUCAGAUUAAGUUUUUUAUUUAUUUAUUUAUUUGGUGCUAUCAUUUUCCUUCAAAUUCAAAUUACAAUAUUUUUCCUGCCAGAUACAUUAAUAUGCUACUGAUCAGUUCCCUACUUUAAGCUCCUGUGUGGACUGGAACAGACUGGAAUUAAGCCUCUUUCUUUUCUCGCUAAUGAGACCAUGACCUUGAGCAACUACAACGACUAUUUUAACAACAUAGUUUUUCCUUAGUAUAACCACUGCAACAACGUAGGUGUCAGGCUAGAGGCUUGCAGAAACAGUCUUUAACUAUUUAACUAUUUUCACAGCAAAUAUGCACAGUGAGCAAUAUGUUUGAUUGAUUAUGAAAAAGAAUACAUAGUGAGAUUUUUUGGUUAAAAACACUACUUAUACAUGCACAGAACUAGACAAGCAAAGAGUUAUGAUUUUUCAGUCUGUCCACAGGGGGCGCUACCCACUGAGUAUUUUUCGGUCUAAAAGAGGUCUAAAUGUAAUCUAGACCAGUGGUCCCCAACCUUUUUUUGUACCAGGGACUAGUUUCAUGCAGGAAACUUUUUCCAAGGACCGGGUAGGGGCGUGGAGGUUCCAAUAACAAAAACCUUAAUCAGUACAUAGUUUAUAAUCUGGAUAUAACAAUUACAUUUUGUAUUAGGCACUUUUCAUUACACUUUAACAUCAGCUCACUAUAAUGCAGAAUCAACCCUUUCUCUCUCCAGUGAACUCUGUUUCUGGCUCGUUUUUGCUUUAGCUUGUGUUGCUGAUGCAGGAAAAUGACGCACCAAAGAGUCAAGUGCGAAAGUGAGGCGAUGGCGGAAGUAAUGGUCUUUUGAAGCAAGAUACUGAGAGGAUAGAUGAAAAGGUUAAAAAAAAAUCAUUAUUUUUUUUGCGGCCCAGUACUAAUUGAUCUAGUCUGGGGCCUGGUGGUUGGGGACCUCUGGUCUAGAUGACUGGUCUAAAAUCAGGCUACUGCAUGUCUAAAAAUUAAAGUUUUUUAGGGGUCUAAGUUUAGACCAAGUUCAGACUAGCCAGCUAACAGAGGUCUAACUGCAUAUUGUUCAACGGCUGUCAUAAUUAUUUUGGGUAAGUACUUGGGGAUCAGUUAUGCAACUCAUCAAAUAAUGGGUUAAAAUGCAACGUCUUAAUUCCAUCUAAAUAUAUACAGAAUCUAGACUAUUUAGGUUGAUCUAAAAAAAAAAAAUAGAUGUCAAAUAGCCGUCUUUUGCUCAGUGGGUAAAGUAGACACAGAUACAAAGUUCCUCACCAGAGUACCAAAUGCAGAUAAAAUACUUAGUCGCUUAAUUUGUGCUUACAGCUCACUCCUAUUGCACCACAGGAGUGCUGAAACAUAUGGCUGCAAGAACAGAGAGGCCCCUUUAUGUCUUUUCAGUCUGUUUACAUCAAACAUGGUUGUGUCCUCUGUCUGUGUCCACUGUCCUCUGUUGUUCUCUUCUGUUGUAGUUGUCCGCCACUGUGCCUGGGAAAGAUAACAUCAUAACUAGUUCAUGUUUAUAGUUUCUAAACAGUUAUGACAGUCUUUUCUCUAAAAGUUCCACAUUUUUCCAAAGCAUUUUUCCUUGAUAUGAUUCACUGGUUCAGCUCGAACUUGCUCAGUACUGCCCCUGUGAUUUCCAAUGGUACUACAAUAUUUUGGCCUGUUUAUAUGCUUCCAGAAAAUGAGAAGUAAGUGCAGACAGAAAACUUUGUAUCUGAAGUAGAGCAUCAGCUGCUUUGGCUGCUUGAUUUAGUGAAUCACGAUACUUUUUAUUGAGCUUUAUUACGAUAAAUUCAAUUCAUAAAAAAAUAUUAAAGUCAACAAAAAUUGGUGUUUUCAUUUCUGUGGAUUAUUUCCUCAUUCGAUUCAAGGCAGGAUUAUAUCAUUUAUACGACAAACACUGUAAACCAAGACCAGCAGACACAUAAUCUCAAAAAGAUGAUCUAGCAUAUUCUCUCCUGUGCUUGUAAAUAUACUGAAUUACACCAUCACUGUAGCCUUUGUCAUAUGUCAUCAUGCUGACUACAUUGAACUCACGCACACACAAGUAAGGGAGGAGGAGUAUAAUAACAGGCAAGUGUGGUAUGAGUCACAGCAAGACUUCACUCAGAUAAUCCUCUCAGCAAGCAGCACAUAUCCUCCAAUAUCCUCUCUGUGGACUCACUCAGGCUGCCGCUAGUUUCCCCUGUUUCUACUCUGUUUGCCUUUCUCACUCUCUCCACGCCUGUUUCUCUCUCUCUCAUUCAUCAGGCUUAGAUUUUUCUGUAUGCUCAAUCCAUUAUUUGGAUAGCUGUUAAUGAAAUAAAGUGCAAGGCAAUGAAGGAGCAAUUUUAGACAUUUGAGCAACACUUUAAAAUGACGAUUUGUCUUUUCUGGAUCAUUACAAUUCACCAUUAUAAUAAAACUCUUUAAACCGGCGCAGAAAACUUUGGUUUCAUUUAAUAUCCCUGAUGUUUAAUCGAACAUUUGCUCAGUGUGUCCACUCAAUUAAGAAAGACAUGACACAGCAAGCGUGAGAAGUGAGGGAUGAAGAGACAGACAGAGAGAGAAAGGGGGACAAAGAGUGAGGGGAGUGCGAGGGGGAACACUGGGCGCUUGUUUCACACGUGCACACUUGUAUGUCGGGAUUGACGACAACAACUUUUCCCACAAUCAGCUUUUCUGUCUGGCUGCAUGCAGCAGGAAAUCAGGUCACACUUUAACUCAAUGCACUAUCACAGAUGAAACACCACGACACAGCAACUCCAUGACAUAAUACCAUUUGCACGCAACAGGAUGGAAGUUUAAUGAAGAGGAUUUAAAAGUGCUCAAGAGCUGCAGAAAAAAAUACACAAAGAUUGACAAUCUUAAAAUAUCCCCCUCCCUUUUUUUAGCAGUCCUGAAAGCAAGAUGAAAGAAAGAGUCACCCCUCUUCCCUCUGAGCUGUAAACUAGAAAGGAGCCGGUGCCUCAAAAUCAUACAUGCACCACUGCAUCUGCAAACAGACUCUAUAGCUGCAGGACGGAUAGACACAAGCAGGAAGUUUUAGAUUGAACAAAGUAGGAAGUCUGCUGAUGAACACAGAGGAGCAGAGUUCAUGAAAAUGUUUGUGUGUUGUCUGUCAGCAUUUGUACUAGGAAUGCCAACAAGUGACUAAAUAACUGACAAGUAAUAAUCUGUUGGUUCUCGUCACUGUUGAGUACCAAAUGCUGCAUAAAGAAGUGUUGACAUGAACAUUAACAUGGCUGUCUUUGUUUAGGACAUUGACUGAGUUUUACUGUCAUUUUAACGUGGAAGUGAAUGCUUUAGCUUUUGCAACCCCAACCUCAAGUGGACACUCCUGGAACUGCAGUUUUUUCGCACUUCCACGGUGUCUUCAUUUUUCUUGAAACUUGAAACACGUGCUUAAAAAAUUUACAGCUCUGUUGAGAAUGUGGGGCUGUCAGCCAGCAGCUGAUAAGCAAAGCAAUCUGCAAAAAAGGGAUAGGUUCAUAUUUUUGCAUUGGCAGGUAAAUAUCACAGCUGAGUGAACACCAUUAAUAUAUUGAGCAUUAUUUUAUCUGUGUUUAUGACUUAAAAUUACCUUUUUUUGUGGCAGCAUUUUAACCUUAAAAGAGAUCCAGCUCUAAGGCUGUUUAGGAGCUAGCUCUGUGGGUUUGUUGUUGCUGUACCAAAUAAUCUGCAUCACUAAAAAGGGCUGGAUUCCCCUCACUUGGAGCAUGCAUGCUGAGGUAGCACAGCGAAAGAGAAAAAUCCAAACCCUGCCCUUUAUGAUAAGAUUGACUAUAGACAACUCGGGCAAGAUUUGAAGUAGGGCUGGGGGAUAAACCGCAAAUUUACCGAUACCACAAUUUACGACAAUAACCGACGUCAUUUUGGUCCAGAUUUUUUAAUACAUUUGAAAUUAAUGUCAACUGUAAAUUCAAACAGAUAUAACAGGUUUACUGUUGGCAAAUUUAACAUGAUUGCUAACAGAUUUACUGUUAGCAGGGUUCAUUUUGGGUUAAGUUUGCCUCCCUCUGGUAAACACCGUGCAGUAUAUUCAAACUCUAACCUGAACACAUAAUAUCGCGUCACUGUCCUGGUGUAUAAGUGCUUUAACUAAGGUAGUCUGUGUGUGUUUGUGUUUGUGUGUGUGCCUGGAUAUGAAGCAACACUGUGGCAGCCUGUUUGGCUCAGGCCUGUCAUCAUGGUGCUAUCACAGGGUACAUGCUGGUAGAUUUGUGUUUGUGUUUGUGUUGUGGCUGACUAUUCCUGUUUGUUUGUGUGUGUAAGUUUUCUUCUUGUGGACAUCUGCUUCUGAGCUUUCACAGCUGAUGGCCUGCAUGAUGGUUCAAGGUCACAGUCCGGGGAUGUCGUGUGUGUGUUUGUGUUUUUGUGAGAGGGUCUACACAGGUAUGUUAUGUGUAUCAGUGUGUAAACCAUCAAUCAUUGCAGCAUUUUGCAUCCACGGGAUUGAAUUUAUGACUUUCGUUUAAACAUUUGUUUCCCUUCACUUCCCGAUGUUUCUUUUCUCAGCGUGUUUGGAUUCAGACCUGAACUGUUUGUACUGUAUGCUUGACUGUAUGUGCACACGCUCGCUCGCUUAAAUGUGUCUCUGCUGAGCCUGCUGUAAUCUCAGUACAGGUCUGCCCUCAUUAUUCAAAUCUCAUGAAGCUCAUGGUGGAGGUCUACUUCCCUCUAUACCCCCCUCUCUCACAAAUGCAAACACAUGCAGACACACACAUACACACACAGGCUGAACUCACGGGGCCUCUGCUGUCAUUUGUGCCAUCAGCAGCCUUCAGUGUUCAUACUGUAGGGCCAAGACCAACAGACAAAAAAUAGACCGUCACAAAAUAACUGAGUUGUCCUCUGCAGUUUGGCCUUUGCUGCUUGCCAACUUUUCCUUUUCCUUUCACUCAACACGAGACUGAAAUCAUGCAUCAUUGUCCGAGCUGUGCUCCACUAUGACAGAUUGAUGGAGUAUUUAUCCUUCUAACUACAGAUUAAUAGACAAACUGCUCCACACGUGUGCACGAAAAACAGAAAUAUCAGCCAAAUAUUCCUUGCACAUGUGCACUUCCCAGAAUUGUAAUAACCUCUUUAAGAAAUGUUGUUAAAGCACCAUUUCAUUUAGCAUUGAAUGAGUGAAACGAAAUGUUAUGAAUAUAACUUCUGUUCCCUGAAGGAGAGGAACGAGGUACAACACAUAUAGUAUGGGAUAUCACGCCCCUGCGUGACCUGACUGAAGACACCUUUAUUCACGCCUUUAAGGCAGAUGAUCUGUGGUGACGUCUGGGAGGCUCCGCCUGCACAUAUAUACGUGUAACACCACAGUCAUCCUUCAGUUCGAUAGCCGCUCUUCACCGAGCUCUGCCGCGCAGCGGGGCAACCCCGUGUUGUACCUCGUUCCUCUCCUUCAGGGAACAGAAGUUAUAUUCAUAACAUUUCGUUCCCUUUCAGUCGAUUCACUCGGUACAACACAUAUAGUAUGGGACAUAUAUACACGCCCCGCAGAGCAGCCACCGAACCGAAGUCAAACCUCCAAAACUUUUAGUGCAUUGUAGACCCAGCAGAAAGGACAGCGUGAGCCACCGAAGGUGCUGUCACAUCCAAACGGUAAAACCGAACAAAAGUGUGCGGUGAUGACCAACUGGCUGCAGUGCAGAUAUCACUCACAGAAACCCCUUUAAACAAGGCCCAAGAGGCCGCCAUUCCCCUGGUUGAAUGUGCCCUCACACCUUGGGGCAACGGGAGACCCCUGCUGCCGUAUGCUAAGGAGAUAGCCUCCACAAUCCAGUGGGAAAGCCGCUGCUUAGACAGCGCCUUGCCCUUGGCUGGAUUAGCAAAACAGACAAACAACUGGUCACAUAAACGCACACUCUGAGUGCGGUCUAUGUAAGUGCGUAGUGCACGCACAGGGCACAAGGAAUGCAACCUCCUCUGCUCCUCAGAUGCAAAUGGAGGGGGGCAGAAGCUCAGCAGUUCAAAACUCAUAGAGCUAUAGGCUGUGGGGAUAAUCUUAGGUAAAUACGCCGCGUUUGGACGCAAUGUAGCCUUAGAUCCAUCCGGAGUGAACUGGGUACAAGAGGGAUGCACAGACAAAGCAUGAAGGUCGCCCACUCGCUUUGCAGACGUCAAAGCAAGUAGCAGUGCAGUCUUGUAUGAAAGAAAUUUCAUGUCUGCUGACUCAAUAGGCUCAAAUGGGGGUCCACCAAGAGCCUCAAGCACCAACCCUAAAUCCCAUGAGGGAACACUGGGUUUAAGAACAGGUCUUAGCCUGCGGACUCCCUUUAGGAAGCGCAUAGCAAGAGGGUGAGCGCCUGGCGUCACACCAUCAAAGCCAACAUGGCAUGCAGAUAUAGCCGCCAAAUAGACCUUAAUUGUUGAGAAAGAGAGACCCUUAUCCAGCAGGUCCUGAAGGAAUGUUAAAACAUCCACAAUAGAACUCUGAAAUGGGAGUACAUUUCGGUCCUGACACCACUGCUCAAACGCCCGCCAUUUAUAGGCAUAUAGGCCCCUAGUAGAUGAUGCCCUUGCACUCUGGAUUGUUGCCACCACAUUUGGGGGCAGACCCUGAGCCAUUAAGUUGGACCUUUCAACAGGUAAGCAUGUAGUUUCCACAGUUCUGGGCGCGGGUGAAUCACCUCUCCUCCCGCCUGGGAGAGGAGGUCCCUGCAAAAAGGGAGCUGCCAGGGCCUCGCUACCAGCAGACUGAUUAUCUCUGCGUACCACGACUUCGCCGGCCAGCGAGGAGCCACCAGGAUCAGGGAGAGCCCCUGCUGGCGCACCCUCUCCAGAAUGGGCAGAAUCAUUUCCACUGGGGGAAAAGCAUAUAGCAGCGUGUUGGGCCAUGGGUGAGCUAGCGCAUCCAUCCCCAGGGGAGCAUUGCAGUCUGUUAUGGAAAAGAACAGGGGGCAAUGAGUAUUUGCUCUGGAGGCAAAAAGAUCUACUUCUGCCUUGCCGAAGCGGUCCCAUAUCUGAGCCACCACUAGUGGGUGCAAUCUCCACUCUCUCACAAGAGGACCCCCCUGGAGAGAAGGUCUGGUCCAAGGUUUAAGUGACCCGGAAUAUGUGUGGCUCUGAGGGACAGAAAAUGAACACUGCACCAUAGCAACAGAUAGUGAGACAGUUUUAACAGGGGAAGAGAGCGUGUCCCUCCCUGCUUGUUUAUGUAAGAAACCACGGUUGUGUUGUCCGUCCUGAUCAGAACAUGAUGGCCUGUCAGAACGGGACGAAAGUGCUUCAGAGCUAAAAGGGUAGCUAGUAGCUCCAGGUAAUUGAUGUGGAGUUUGCAUUGUGCUGGCGUCCACACACCUCUCACUGCUGCGCCCUCGCACAGAGCCCCCCAACCCCUCAGGGAUGCGUCUGUGGACACCACCUUGCGAAAAGACACCCUCCCUAUCGGAGAUCCCUGUUGUAGAAAACCGGGUUCUCUCCACGGGAGAAGAGCCGACAUGCAAGACUGAGUUAUCGUCAGCCUCCUCUGGAGGUGACGCUGCGCGCACAGCCGGUGAGACUGAGUCCAGCGUUGAAACGCUCUCAUUUUUAACAGUCCGAGCGGCACUACAGCGAUCAUAGAUGCCAUCAUGCCUGUCAGCUGUAAAAUCGUCCGGAAACACAGUUUGCGUCCCAACUGAAAUUGUGCAAGGCAGCGGUGAAACGCAGCCACCCUGCGUUCUGACAGACGUGCUCGGCUUGAAACGGAGCAUAUUUCCAGCCCGAGAAAUGAUACCUGUUGACUCGGAGUCAGUGAACUUUUCUGUAAAUUUACUGAAAAGCCCAGUGUUUGGAUGUGCGAUAGGGUCAAUGACAGCUGAGCCGCUGCUCGCUCUCUGGAGCUCGCGAUUAGCACCCAAUCGUCCAGAUAGGCUAAGAUGCGAACACCUUUCUCCCGUAGCGGAGCUAAUGCCGCCUCGACACAUUUGGUGAAUGUUCGGGGAGCGAGUGAUAAGCCGAACGGCAGCACCAGGUAUUCGUAGGCUAUGCCCUCGAAUGCAAACCUUAGAAACUGCCUGUGGUCCGGAUGAAUUGCUACGUGAAAGUAAGCAUCUGUCAGAUCGAUAGUUGUAAACCAAUCUCCCGGUCUGAUCGCGCCCAGUAGCUGUCUGAGUGUUAGCAUCUUGAACCUGUAGGUUCGUAGGUAUUUGUUUAACACUCGCAAGUCUAGGAUAGGACGGAGCCCUCCUCCUUUUUUCGGAACAACGAAAUAGCGGCUGUACCAACCUUUGUUCGUUUCCGAAGCGGGAACAACUCGUAUCGCUCUCUUGUUCAACAAGUUGUUUAUUUCUUCCCUCAGCACUGCUGCUGCUUCCUCUGCUACAACUGUGUGUAUUACAGAGUGAAAGCGAGGCGGCCGGACCCUGAACUGUAAGCGGUAGCCGAUGGCAACAGUUCUCUCUACCCACGGUGAGACUGCGCAUGCGCGCCACCGAGAGAGACGAACGGUCAGUCGACUGACCUCCAGUACUGUGGGGGAGGGGUUGUCGCCCCCUAGCGUGCCGGCUGGGAACGGCAACACUUUCUCGCCCAGACUUGAUUGAUUCAUGAUGUUUUGAGAACAAAACGAAACCUUUAUUUGAUUCAAAGAACGUACAUUUGUGACAUUCACACAGUGAACAACAGGCGCCAUUAUUGGGGCAUGUGUAUGUGAGGGGGGGUUGUGCUUGGGAGACUGUGUUAAGGGAGUGCAGCGCCUCUCGGGACCGGACCCCUGAACGAACUUUAAACGCGGCCUCUUUGGCGGCAGAAAAUGAAGGGCGGCAGUGUCUCCGUGCUGCUGGCCCUCUCGAGUCGAUCCCGAAGCUAGGAUGACUGCUGCUUCUUCUUCCUGGGCGCCGAGUCCCUCCGGAAGCUCGGUGGCGGACCCUUGUUCCAAGCCGAAGGGCGUGGGUUCUGACCGGGUACAUGUCGCUUCACCGGCUGGGGCCCCAAGCUGGCGGGCGCUGCAGUCCUCUUAGGGGGAGGCGCUGGUGCCGGUUUGUGCGGAUAACCCUGUUGUUUGGGCCUCGCAUCACGCCUGGGGAUGAUGCUUCUCAAAGCUUCGGUUUGUUUUUUCCUCAGCUCAAACUUAGCUUGAAUGUCGUCGAGGGACUGCCCAAACAAACCGCUGGCCGACACAGGCUCGUCCAGAUAAACCGCUCUGUCCCUCUCCGGAACGUCGGAGAGAGUCAGCCACAGGUGCCUCUGCGCCACCACCGUGGAAGCCAUGCCUCUACCGAGAGACAGCGCUGCACAGCGGGACACACGGAGGAUGUAAUCUGUGGCGACCCUCGCUUCAUUGAGGAGAGGAGUAAGCGGACUGUCAGGAGGCAUACGCGAGCCGAGUUCUGCCAGACACAUAGCUUGAUAUGUCUGAAGCAUAGUGACGGAGCUCAGUGCACGAGCCGUAUUUGCCUGUGUCCUGUAAAUUUUAUCCAGCUGUGACGCUGAAAAUCUACAGUGCUUGGAUGGGAGCGUGAUGGGGCCACCGACACCGUGAUUCUGGGCCGGGGCCAGAUAAGCUGCCAGGGACGCCUCCAUAGGCGGAGGGUUCACCAAUCCAGCUUUUUCAGCUCCAUCUAGAUCCAGAAACUGUCCACAACCGGGCACUGUGGCGCGGGUGGACAGCGGCUUGUUCCAUGUCGAGGUUAGUUCCGCGACAAAAUCCGGGAACAUGGGCAAACUGUUCUUAACAGUCGUCGGUUCGGGUGGGAGAAAAAACCCUGUGAACCGCGACGGUUUUUGAGCUGGUGGAGGAGAGGGCCAUUCUACCUCCAGUUUCUCAGCUGCACGGCGGUACAGUGAGAGGAAGGAUGUGUCGUCCAGAUCAACCGGCGCAGCAGCGGCGGCAUACUGACCUGAAGACAACGGCUCCAGCUCAUCUUCCGAAAAACCCUGCACGUCCAGGCCGAUGUCCAGCACGUCAUCGUCCUCCUGGUAACAAGCUAGCCCGGAUAGCGGCUGGCCAGCGCCCUCGGAGGGGCCCGGCUCAAACCCAGCUGACCCGUCAGCACACUCCACAUGGUCUGCCCAGCUUCCAACUGAGCCUUCGACCAGAAAGUCCUCACCACCGGACUCGGACGAAGCCGGGUCUCUGGACUCGGAAAGGAGGGGGUCGUGCAGCGCAACAGCGGUUUUUCCAAGAAUUUUCUCCACAAACUUGACCCGCCUUCCCAGGGUUGAGCUCCGAAGCCGGUGACAGGACUCACACGACUCGGGUUCAGUCAACGCCCUCCUGGCGUGGACAAUCCCCAGGCAAACGGGACAAGCCUCGUGAAGAUCCUUCUCGUGAAGGGAGAAGCCGCACCCCUGAGGACAGGGGCGAACAGAAGACUUCGCCUUCACCUUCAUGGGCUUAGAGCUCAUAACGAGACUCAAAAGCUGAACGAAAUUAGCGCUCCGCGGGUAGCCGUAGGCUAACACCAACAGGGGCAGUUGAGCUAAAGUCGAUCAAGCAGUAGCCAGAGACAAGACCAGGCUAAUUUAGCAGCAGCUAGUUAGCCCGACUCGGUGUAGGUGUUCUCAGCGAGGUGAAGAGCGUAAGAACUGAAGGAUGACUGUGGUGUUACACGUAUAUAUGUGCAGGCGGAGCCUCCCAGACGUCACCACAGAUCAUCUGCCUUAAAGGCGUGAAUAAAGGUGUCUUCAGUCAGGUCACGCAGGGGCGUGAUAUCCCAUACUAUAUGUGUUGUACCGAGUGAAUCGACUGAAAGGGAACUAAACCUGUCAUGGGUGUAAAAGUCCUCACUUUGAAUGAUUCAUGGACGUAAAAGAAACGCCUUGUGAAAAAAGUUCCUAGCAUGUGUGAAAAUGGGACUCAAAGGAAUUUUCUUAUUCAGUUGUUUAACAUUUUCCUAAACUGAAGGACUGCAGGUGAGCACAUGUAGUGCACUUUGUGACCUGAACAACCGUUGAACCCAGUAUCUAGGUCUGCUCCAGUGCCUGACACCCAGCCCACCUAUAUUUAGCGUGGUACCAGCAUAGAGAGGGAAGGACUUCCUAGGAUUAAAUCCUGCUCCCCAGCGUGCCAUUACACCACAUGCCCCUCUCACUUCUUUAUUUUAGAUCCCACCAAAGACCUAGUUUGAAGCCAACUGGCUGAUUGGCCCAGACAGCCGCGUGGAUGCUUUUUUAGAAGGGUGAGAAGAAAUCCUCCAGAAAUACGAGUCAGUGGUUAUAACUGGACCAAAACAGGACCAUCAGCUGUGUCCUGCUUCUCCCUCGACUCGGUGUGUAAAUAUCCUGUGACCCCACAUUGAUGUGUCAUAGUGAAAGAAACAAACGUACAGAGAGCAGAACCGAUUCAGGAAUUGUGUUGUUGGGAGUUUGUCUCUUUGCAUUGCCGAACUUUGAGCAGCGAUGAAUUAGUAUGUGGCUCAAUCUUUGAUGCUCUCUCUAAUGCUAAACAUUUGAGCUUAUAGGCUGUAAAAAGGAUCAGAAAUCAAGCUUUAGACGGAUUUAGAGUUCACCAUAAGGGUCUAUAAGUGUGUUGCAUUAUUCUCCAUUCAUUAGAAAACGCAGAUUAAACUCUUUACUCUUUGGGGUCAUUACCAUUUGCUCAUUAAGUCUACAUAUGUUUUGUUUACAUCAGUCGGGCCCCUUGGAGUUCCAGUGGGGCAUACUGAGGGAGUAUGAGGUACUGAGGCCCUGUAUAGUAAGUGUGAACGUGUCUGUAUCUUUGGCAUUGACUCACUUCCCAGUGGGUGUUGGCCUCCACCAGUGUUGACCCUUGUCACCACUUCUCUGCCUGAUUCUGAUGAAUAGGAUCUCUAGGAACAGCUGGGGGAAGAGGCUGUCCAGUUCAGACAUGACCUCCUUUUGUUAGCUUCCUUCUUCUACUGUGAUACCCAGCAGGCACUGGGGCGAUGUUGAGUGACUGCAGCUAUAGUCAGCACCUACAACUCUGGUUCUCUGCUGGAAGUUGGGAGUGCACAUUCUGCCAAACUUGAGUAACAUUGCCAAUUAUUUUUGACGUCGAUUAUUGAUGUAAAUUUCUGUAUCGGUAAAUUUGCGGUUUAUCGCCCAGCCCUAUACCUUAGUAUAGGCGCUGUAUUUUGUCACAUUCCCCAUUCAAACACACCAUGCAACAGUUUUUACAUUUUGUACCCUCUAACUAACUACACAGAUUGAAUGCUGGUCCUCUGGUCUGCCAUAUGACUCUCAGGCAGCUUUACAAGCUUACCAACCACCUCCUCUUUGUUUGCAAGUGUGAUCUUGGCAAAUAAUGUCAUCUUUGUGCAGAUGUGCUCAGUUGCGUGCGUCUCUUGUUUGGUCUUGGGCUAAGUGCCGAAAUGUUUCAACUAUGAAUCCAGUGCAACUGGGAUUUGCAUGCCCAGUACAAAUGGGUUUAUCUGGUCCGUAUCAAAUAACAACUUGCUUAUUUUAAGUCGAAGAUGGCGAGAAGAAGCAGGCUGUGGCUGUGACUCAUAUUUAAAGGAGUGGCUGUCAAUACUGUGACUUCUACAAAUCAUUACUAAUUGUAUUUCUCAAUGAGAUAUGGAUACAUGUUAUUUCUUAUCGCAGCAAAAAUUGAGAAAAUUGAGAGAACACAGAGAUUUAGUACAGGAUACAACAGACUGAGAGAUGAAUACAGAAUGGUCUCAUGUGCUGACAACAGACAACACAGGCCAUUCUUAUAAGACCAGGAUAUAAUAGCACUAACAAAAAAGCAAAAGCAGGGACACCCUGGCCUUGUGGUCUCAGCCUGCACCCCACAUACAGAGAUUAUCCCUAAAGCAGUCUGACCUGUGGCUCCGUUACUGUAUGUCACUCCCCGCCCUCUGUCCCCAUUUCCUACUCUGUCCACUAUCCUGUCCACUCUCACUAAAGGCAAUAAAGGCACCAAAAUAUACCUCAAACCAAGGCAGAAGAAUAUGUUAUAUAUGGUAUAUAUAUUUCCGUUCAUAUUGUCCUCCUCUACUUAAAGCUAACUUUACAGUCUUCACAAAACCUUGAGGCAUUUACAGUAUCUGGCUCUGUAGCUGUUAAAUGCUCCAGAAUUCUCCUCUGUGACCACUAACUAGCUUCUAACUUUGUCUGCUCAUUGUUCAGUGUGGGGCAGGUAGCUUAAAGUGAGUUUUUAUGGAGUUUUAUGAAGCUGCUGCUAUGGCUGAGAACUUCACAAUAAUAGUCCGAGUGUCAACCUAUAUGGCCAAAGAUUGGGGCCAAAAAUUCUCAGACACUGAGUGAAAAGACAGAGAAGUCACCAAUAAAGGUUUGGAUGCUUUCUCAUUACUUGAUGCUCCUUUUUGUGUCAGAGGAUUUGAUGUUAUUAUCAUGGUUUGUCUUCCUUCAUGGUUUCAGUCUCCUCCACACAUCUCUCUUUGUUCCUGCAUCUCUCCUUUAGGAAACAUCUGCUGAGCUUGCUUCCUUUUGUUAAAUCUGGGGGAUUAAACAAAGCACUAGUAGAUUGUCGUUGCCCUUUGCUUCGACCAAGCGAAGCAGAAUUAGACUUUGGACAUUUGCGGACUCUUAAAUUUUUUGCGUUUGAUGUGUUUCGGCGAUACAACAAAAUAGUGUGCGGUUUGGACUAUAAUUAUUGUGGAUUAGGCCGAGCGUAGCCUGAGCUGGCCUGUGUGGUAUUCUGUUUGGAGACGUGUAGAUGGUGCAGUAAAUGUUGAGGGAUUAGUCAAAGCUGAAGGGUCACAGCACUAAUCUCAUUACGGCAAGAGGAGAGGGAGGGAUCUGACCACUCGUGGACGACUGAGCAGACAGCCUCGGCACUGGGGGAAUCCCUAUUUCACUGCAGAGGAUAUCCCCUCUCACAGACAUACAUUAAUGUGCUUUCACUGAAUUUUUUACUGACUAUUCACUCUUAUAAUUUCAUGCCGAGGUAUCAAUGAAGUUUUCCUGGAGGGAUUAAGAGGACAAAACAAAAGAAGGGCAAACAAAAAAAACUUUAAUAUAUUUUCCCAAGCGUGAGUCCUCACUUGUGGCGUUUCAAAUUCGAUAAAAGUAUGUGUGAGUGCUGUCCAUGUCACUCCUUAAAAAGAUCUAUUUAUAGAGCUGAAUGGACAGUCUGGGACUGACUCUGACGCUAUGGUGUGAAGACAGUUGGUGUAUGGUUCAAAGAUGAUUUUAUUCUUUCAUUAGAUAAAAACGGAAAUUAAAACAGAGGUAACUGCAUCUGCAACAUGUUUAUAAGACUGGUUCCUCAGUUGUAGUUGUCUUGCUUGGCUAACAAAAUUAAAUUUAAAAUGGAAUACACAUCUAAAAGCUUCGUCCAGACGGAGAUGUUGCAGUGAGGUAAUGGUGAUCCAGCAGAGACAAAUCACAAGGAGUUCUCCAAAACAAAACAGUAAAACUCAAAAGGAGCCUAUAAAUGAAAUGUUCUUUUUCUGUCUUUCCUUCAUCUGUCUGUCUGCGCGCAGCAAACACAGGCUUACACAUGGGAGCGCGCACACCGUCACAUACAUGCAAGCACACACACACACCAGCACACACGCAAGCCACAAUGACACAUCCCAGUGAGUGUUUCAGCUUUUCUUGUGACAAUAAUAAAACCUAGGGCCAGGAAAAAAAGGAGAAUGACAAGAAAAGACACGUGGACAGAAAAUCCUUCACUCACAAACCACCAUUUUGCUAUUUUCUCUUCAGACCACCAUAGGACAUCUCAGUAAGAUGUGUUAUCUCCCUGGUCUGUGUUUUUCUUUUAUUUUAGUCCCCCUUAGAGGGAUGCAGCUACUGAAGAAGAGUUGAUAGUAUUGUUGACUGUAGACUCAGAGGUUGAAGGUGAGAGUGAUUCAUUUGAAUCACUUCCUGCUCCUUCACCUGGUACUCUUUGUGUUCAGACGACUGGAGCCCUCUAGGCCAAUGAAAAAACAGAUUAUUUAGCCCAUCGAACUGUGUUAACUCAGGAGUAGAGGGGUAAUUAUGUUAAGAAGUCUUUGUCAGGUAAUUACAAGAGGAUUGCAAGCUAUUAUCAUGACAUGACAAUGUCGUGCGCUCCUGAGAGAUUGAUAACAUAGCUGUGCAGUGAAAAAAAGGCAUCCUAAUUUCUAAAGUGUACAUGAAAUCAAUUGUUUUUCUUUUGUCUUUUAUUUCUGUUAAGCAUUUUAUCUCCCCCCAAAAAUACAUAUGAAUAAAAAACAACCAUCAACAUGAAAUAUUUAAUUAUAUGUUUUUUAAUUAAUUAGUAUUUUUAUGUUUUUAAGCUUUGGUACAUCAAAAAUGUUGGUGAUUUAUCCUGGGCUUACAAGCACUUUCAAAUGUUAUAUCUAAUAAAACACUUUCUCUUCUUCUUAAUUCCACAUAAACCUCUCCUUAGCUUCUCUAUACAUUAAAUGCACAUUAACUGUUUUUUAUGGGAACGGUGAAAAGAAAAACAAACAUUUCUGUGUGUCAGUGUGAGGUAAAGGAGAGAUGUGUUUCAGGUCCCUCUAUGAGGCUGAAAGUCUUGGACGCAGGCACAUCUGGAUGCAAAUGCUUUGACAAAUUCUUAAUUCUGGAUAAUUCUGAUGAAGGGCUACUGCUUAAAAUCUUGUGUGUACGUCAUGGACUACAUAUCUUGUAUUAUGUUGUAUGAGUAUGACUGUUUUUACGUAGGUCUCAAACUGUGUUCACUGCUGCUGUCUUGGCCAGGACACUCUUGACAAAUAGGUUUGUAAUCUUAAUGAGGUUUUCUCUUGUUGAAAUAAAAAUAAUAAUACUAAAGGAAAGUUGCUAAGAUUUGAUACAUUUACCUCACCCAACGUUCAGAUUUACCUCCCCCAUGGCAUCUGAAUGAAAUAGUGAAUACUAAACAAACAGCUCAUGGGAAAAAAAUGAAAGUUAAGCAAGAAAAUUUGACAAUUUGACCACAUGAUAUAAAGUAUGGUACAGUUUAAUUAAAACAAACAGAACAAAAAAAAACUCUUAUUUAGAAGUCUUUUUUUGUUUACUUUACUGUGGCCUUUUAACCCAGUCUAAAGUUAGUCAUGACUCACCCUCAAAUGACUCAUUUGUGUAACAUGCCAUCAGCAGGACAGUUUCACACAGUUCAAUUUAAACUGAUUUCUAUUUACUGUUUUCUUGCAGUCUCAAAUGAUACAUGAAAUGUUCCAUAGCACAUACCUUCACACAAAUAACACUUUAUCAACUGUAAAAGUACUAAAUUACACAAAACUUGCUUCUUAAUCACAGUAAACUGAGUGAAUGUUAUUUGUUUUUUCCCCAGUCCUGCUCUGAGCUUUUGUCUAUUAUCUGUCUUGGAAUUCAGCCCUGGCACAAAGUGUCCUGAAAGCAUAUUCCAUUCUGUACAUCAUCAUCAUCAACAUAUGUCCAGCUAACACCAUAAGUAUGUUGUGUAUUUUAAAUCCAACAAUAGCCUGCAACAAAACAUCUUUGUCCUGUGAAGUAGUGCUGCUGCCCCCAGUUUUAAACUAUAAAGAAAGUCACGGUUAAACCUGGUUUGUUUGUCCUAAGAGUUGUAACCUUAUGUUAGUUUAAAGGGAUUUAAUUUUAAAACUUAUUUUUUGUUUAACAAGAAUAAGAGGAUGGUUGUGAUUUAGUGUGUUUUUCUUGAUAAUAAAAACUGCAGUGUAAUCGUUGUAAAGAGACGCCACACUCCAGCUGCCUCUCCACACCUUUUCACACCUGUCUGCAUCACUAGUGUUACACCAGAAUAAAUAUGUCCAAGUUUAAAGCUUAUCUGUGCUGCUGACAUGCUUCUGAUGGGCGGCAGACUUUCUGGUAAAGGUUACACCGAUAAAGAGCAUGAACAUCACACGUGACUGACCAGAUGGACUGUUCCCUGUAUCAUUAAGUGAUUUCCAGGGAACCCUCGAGAGCGAGAACAAGGUGAUCAGAUCAAACAGGCAGUCUGAAAAGAGGAGUUAACAGUUUGGUGUUCCAGAUUUGCACCUGCAAAUUAUUCAUACCCUCCUCCAUUUUGGAAGUGUGGUCAAACAUAUGAGACCAGUUCCAUAUUGAUGUCAGAGUUUUGUGCAAGUUGAGUUCAUUCCUUUUCUAGUGUGUCAUAAAGUAUUUUCUCAGACCCUCGCUUGUAUAUCGGUUGAUUACCCAUAAGACACUCUUCUUUAAAUCAGAAACCGGACUUCAUUCGGUCAUCACCCCCAUCCCAUUCCUUCCCCUUUCCUUUCAUUUACUGCUCUGUCCUUUUUUGUCCUUUUAUUUGUUUUCCUUCUUUUCCCUUCACAUCACAUCGUCAGUAUCUGUCACGUGAAUGCAUGUGUUUUCCCUCUUUUCCCCCCUCACCAUAUUCUUUGCCUUUUUUGGUGAGUUUGAAGUCCCUUUCCCCCUCAACAUCACAGUGCCAGUUGCCUGCUGGCACUUAUGAUUUGGAUUAUUCGAUUAUCUUAGCUGUAGACUAUCACAGAUGUUUUCAUGAAUACUGCUUCUGAUCUCUCAGAGAGGGUCCAGCAGAUGGAGAGACAGUAAUUCUUCAUCUCUGGGUGGGAUGAUAAUGAUUCCGACCCCAGGCUGUGGUUGGGUUAGCCUUGUCUUCAGCUUAGAUUCAGUAACUAGAGAGGUCCAUAUGAUACAGCGGGGUCUUACUUUCUAUACACUUUAACAACCUAGUCUGCUGAUGGACUAAAGGAUUUGCAGACAACACGCAAACAAAGGAUUUACUUAGGCAGGUCUCGAACCCCCCUGCUGACACACAGUUAAAAGCACAACUGUUCAAAUGCAUAAAACAGACACUUAUCUUAACAAACCCAGAGCUUAAUGAAGGGCAUUUAGGAAAAAUCUCUUAUUUGUUUACUAAAAAGUGUUAUGUGUGCCUUUACUAAUAUUGUUUGAGUAAAACAAAAAGCAGGGGAUAAAACAGGAGGACUGUUACAUUUGUGAUACAGUCAAUAAACAGUCAAAAAAGAGGAAGUAGAAGCUAGACAUUUUUGUCUUUGGACAAAAUACAAAUUAGAAAUUGAAUAUCAAAAUAAAAAUAAUAACUGCUCUUGUAAUAGAUUGUGUAAGAAUUAACAUAGGACUUACUAAAAACAUGAUUGAUCACUCUGCUAAGUAAGACUGACAAAAGCGCAGCAAAGUAGAUUACAGUCCCUCGAUUUCAGUAUCCCUCCAACUAUGUAAAUCAGGGUCCAAUAAUCAACAUAUCUGGCAAAUGAAAAAAAAAACAUUUGAAGUUUGAAAUUUUGCCUAGAUUUUCUAAAUUUCAGCCAUUAACUACUAGAAAUAGUAAUCAUGAUAUUACAUGUCAGGUUAGCACUGGCAUAGAACUGCAGGGUCACUUAAACCCACAAUCUUUGACUGCCAAUCGAGAUUGUCAAAUUUUUGGUUGUGGGAGUUUAGUGUAGGCAGUUUGUUUUAUUUUCGGUGGUGGGCAUUGAGCAUGAGGAGUUUAUUAUAUCAUAAUGUGGCUCAAGAUAAUACUAAGGAGCAGGGGAUCUUGAGCGUUUCAGCCUGCAAACCCCCAAAAUAGCAGGGCCCAAGACUUGCGACCCCCACUGUCCCCGAAGAUGAGUAAAUGUCACUCACUGCCAGGCAAGCUGUGAUGAGCCAAUCCAAAAAUAGACUUCAGGACACAAAAUAAAAAGAAAGUAAAUAAACAAUAAUAGUAAUUUUAAAAAAGGUAAACGACCAUGGUAGGAUUUUGAAGUGAUUUAGAAGGCUAAAAGCAGAACACGAGGACAAAGACUAGACUCUAUAGGAAGCUCAUGCAAAGAUAAUUUCAUAUGGGCUUCAAACCAAAUUCUAAUUAAAAUAAAAAAAAAAUGGAUAAACAUUUGUUUUUUUCUGCUGUAGAGCCAUCACUUUCAUAAGAGAUUUUAAUAAUUUCAAAUGGAAGGGUCUUUCCCCCUUUCCCCCAAAUCAGAGUCCCAAAUAUAAAGUGCAGAUUCUCACAUGAUCAUGUCAAAAGGUUCUGCAUUUUCUAAAGAAUUAAUUUUUAUUCGUAGAGUAAGGUUAUUUGGGCUGUUAAAUAAACACUCAGCUUUAAUUUUUACUACAUGGAGCCAGGGGCUUUAAAAAAAGGAAUGCUGUAAGUAACACUAAAAACUACAAGAACAGUUAAUCCACUAACAAAAACAAGUGAAAUGAGAUGUAAUACCAGGUACCGUUGUUGUUGUUGUGUUGGUGUUGAGUGAUAGAUGUUAUAAUGCUUCAUAUCAGUGUGGCGGUAUCAGAGUACAUAUCUGUUUGUUCUGAGUGCUUUCCAUGUCGUGACCUGAAUACCUCACUGUUGAAUCCCUGCCAGCUGCUCAUUAACAUUCCAAUACAGCUCUAAUCACCGCUGCAGCCUGCACGUGUGUAUGUGUGUGUGUUUGUGUGUGUGUUUGUGUGUGCAAGAAGAGAUCGUGCAGGUGUGGCAAAAAGGACACGGUGAAAGUGUGACAAAGUGUCUACCUCAGGUGAUCACAGUCAAGCCGCAGGGGCGGGCUGGAUCCACCCAUCAAUUCAUCCUUGUAGUUCCUCCAACUAUUGUGCAACUUUUGAACAGCUGAGACUCAUUUUACAAACUAUUUUUAUUGAUCAAGACACUGAAACACAUGAAGCUUGUUGGGGGAUGAAAGGUGCAACACAGAGCGAGCAUGGUACACUGAUUUUGUCUAGUAAUCUUGAAUCAAAAACUCAUGCUUUCUUUUUUGGAGCACAUUUAUCUAAGUCACUCUAAUUACCUGUCUGUUUGUUGAGUUUAAGACGAGUAACCACUUAUUUGUCUCUCUAUUCUCCAGAAAGACUCUACAACUCCAACGGACGGGACUUGAGGCGGGCACUUUUCUCUCUAAAGCAAAUCUUUCAGGUAACAAACACACAUAUUUCAUCUACAAUUAUACUGUCAGUUUGUUGUUGCAGAGCACAGUUGGUUAUUGUGGCCACCGCGUGCUUCCAUGAUGACAGGGAUCUCCAUCAACGUGGCAUUUCUCUCCCUGUGUGUGUAUCUGAGUGGGUGUGUGUAGGACUCUGCGUGUGUGUGUGUGUGUUUGGGGUGCGUGUGGGAGUUUGCAGUUGUGUUUGUGUAUUUAUUUUAGGAUGAGAGGAGUUAGCCACCAAAAAUAAGAAGAGCUUGACUCAGACCUUCACACAAGAAUCCACAAGAAUAAUGACACAAUCAUGCAAUCAAAACUGCAAUGCUAAUUACAGCUGCUUAAAGAAAUUCUUAGUGAAAUGACUGGAUUUUUGCUCUUUUGAAAAAAUGUAAAAAAAAAAGGCAAAAAUCAGUUUCAUCCACUCAUAAUGAAAGAUCUCUAUGCAUUGAAAUUUGAAAGUGCACUUGAAUGCAUCGUGCAUUUUAAGGGUCUCUAGGAAGUUAUCUUUUUUUUCUGAUUGCUUUAAGUGCUUUAUAGUUGUCAUACAAUGAUUUUUAAAAGCGACUGACAUCAAAACAGAAAGCUUUCACUAUGUGGAGUGUGUAUAUCAGCUGGAUUUACCAAUGACAGUUUGAAAGUUGAGGCCAUUGAAGCCGAGUUCCUGAUCCUGACCAUUACUGACACCAUGUGGUGAUAAAGAGAAUCAAACUUAAAGCCGUCGAAAUGAACCAGAUAACAAGCCUGAGAAGGAUUUAAUGCAUAACUCAGUGUGCUGAGAGUAUAAGGAGUGCCGUAACAUCUUCUUUCUCUGCCUCUAUCUGUCUACUUUUCAUUCUAGGAUGACAAAGACCUGGUCCACGAGUUUGUGAUGGCUGAAGGUCUGACGUGUCUCAUUAAGGUGGGAGCAGAAGCUGAUCAGAACUACCAGAACUACAUAUUAAGAGGUAUGUCAGUGUCUCUCAUUGCCAGAGUUGGACACACUUCUUAGUCAAAGAAAAAGGAGAAUAAAACAUGAUCGGAUUGUCGAAUAUAAAAAUGGAACCAAGGGUUUGUACACACACACACACACACACACACACACGCACUGGGUGCCGAUCUCAGGUCCAGAUGUAAGACACUUACCUGCACCCAACAGUAGGAAAUGGAUCAGUUAAUUUUGACGGAUGCUUUACACAGUAGGCUCUGCUAUCAGCUUGUGAAUGGCGUGUAAAUGAGUGAAUGUGAUAUGUAAUGUAAAGGUGGUCUGAGAGCACAUCAUGCACAGUACACUAAACUUUAUUUUAAAAAUAGAUUAUAUAACAGCAGUUAGACUUAUGUGAAAAAAAAAACAAUUUAAUAUAUUUUACUGUAAUUUUGUAUUUUACUGUAUUUUGUAAAGCAUUGUUUUGGUAUAAGGAACAAUGUAUGAUAUGCAAGACAACAAAAGAAUGAUGAAUUAUUAAGUCUGUUGUUAUCAGUAAGAACAAAAUGUGUUUGAGUAUUUUGUGACAUUACCCUAACUUUUUGUUUCUUCCUCCUCCCCCUCUCUCUCAGCUCUGGGGCAAAUCAUGCUGUAUGUAGACGGGAUGAACGGCGUCAUUGGACAUGUGGAGACAAUCGAGUGGCUCUACACUCUUGUCGGCUCAAAGGUAUCACUGACACACCAGCAUAACAAACAAAAAUCCUUUUAACACUCACACACACAUACUCCUCUACACUGCAAACAAGCAGACACCAGCUCGGAGUUAGUUAAUGAGACUUACUUUUUCCUUUUUUAGUCAUAAAAAUAGACAAACACAUCUGUCUCUGGUUGUAUUUUUGUGUCCUGACUCCUCGAGGUUGGGUCAUUUGUGGGUUUGAUGGUAUUUUUACAAUGCUACUUUUUAUUUCGUACUUCUGAUGCAGUCCCUACUUCUUAAUGCUUUGUCAAAAAAAAAUGAACUGUGGAAAAUGUGGCAUGAGUCCGAGGCUGUCUCAGCUACAAAACAAGAUUAAAACACAAAGUUUGUAUGCAUUAUAUCAAACAAAUAAUAUCAUGUGAAUACUGGCUUUUAAGGAAUGUUCUCGAGUUAAAGAAAAUGUACGAAUACCUAUGAUUUGAGUAGUUUCUUGUCUCUCUGUGGGCUUGUAACUUCCCUUGUACACCUCUUUUUAGUUCCGCCUGGUGGUAAAAACGGCUCUGAAGCUGUUACUGGUUUUUGUGGAGUACUCUGAGUCCAACGCUCCUCUGCUGAUAGAGGCCAUCACCUCUGUGGACACCAAAACAGGUAUCAAUAAACGCCAUGUUCACUUGUUCGUUAUUCUGUUAAUCUGUCAUUUAUAUCAGAGUUUACUUGUUGUUCGCCUUGACUGAUAUAAAAUGUGUUUUUUUAUAUAAUGCACUAAUUGUUAGUCUGCAAGCCGUGGUCCAACGCUAUGGAGAUUUUACAUGAGAAGGAUGGAGUGGACACAGAGCUGCUGGUCUAUGCCAUGACCCUCAUUAAUAAGGUACAGUGUGUGUUGUGUCUCUCUGUAACUGUUUUAUUGUUAUGUCAUGACAAAUCAGACAGCAAAAUUACUUCAAAACAACAACUUGAAAUAGAUAGUAUCUUCAGACAGUGUCUAAAAUUUGACCUGCAUCAGAGGCCAUUAAACAACGAUAUCAGAGCUGUAUGAUCAGAGUAUUGUAGGAUAUACUGAUGUACUGUUAUGUGAUACGUUGAAUUUAAGAUUUUGCGUCAACCCUUUAUGUUUUACAGACACUUGCGGCCCUGCCUGAUCAGGACUCAUUCUAUGAUAUGGUGGACGGUCUGGAGGAGCAGGGCAUGGAGACGGUGACACAAAGACACUUGGGGAGGAAAGGCACCGACCUGGACUUGGUAGAGCAGCUCAACAUCUAUGAGGUUUGUGACAUUAAAACUCAUGAUUUCAUGGAGAAAUGUUUAAAGGUGAUAUUUGUUUUUAAUUCAUAAUGUUGAUCAUAUCAAACAAACAUGACUGUGUGCAGUAUUUAUAGUAUGAUAUCCUGAUACUCAAGUCUCAAUGUGAAACACCUCAUUGCCACUAGAACCUUACACCCCAUCAAAUGUACCCCCUAGAUGACUCUACGGCACGAGGACGGCGACGGUGACAGCCAGCCUCCACCGACAGGACGCCGGGAUCGACGUAGGGUCAGCUUGGGCUGCGGGGACAAAAAACGUGGCUUGGAGAGGAGGCGGAGUCGCAGAGCUUCACUCGGAAGAUCCGGUCAGGCCUCUCCCUGCAGCCCCGCAUCUCCUCAGAGAUCCAACUUCCAGCCUUUCAGUGGACAGAGGGCGGAGGACGUGAGUGAAAGGUGAGAGAAGAAAAGAGAUCAGAUGAUCAGUCGUGAACUUAAGAAAAUUUUACCUGAACUUUUUGUAUGCUUUGUUCAAACUUUGUUUCAAGAGAUAAAAUAUGACUAUCUUGUACCAACACCUUCUGCUCCAGAGCUCUGUCAGGUUCCCUUCCAUCCAUGUAAGUUCAAAGGUCACUGAGAAAACUACUUUUGCUUUUCAGCGACUGCCCCCCUCACCGUCUUGCAGUAACUAAUGUGUUUCCUGUCACAUAAAGCACUAUGGGUGGGUUUUAAACACUAGUGUAAAUAAGCACCAGCCUUCAGGGUGUGCUUAAAUGCUAAUACAAGCGAAAGCAUUUUAAAACCGCCACAUGCUUGUUGUUUUGUUGAUCUACGUGUGUGUGCACACAAAAAAACUGGAGCUCGGAGUUCCUGUUAUCCUCAGGUAAAGCCCUCGUCUUUUACUCAGUGAUCAUGCAGCCGCCCGUCAUCUCUUUAUCCUAUCAAGUGUGAACAUGACUAAAGCAGAUUAUCCCACGCCUCAGCUUUUCUUUAUUUAAAGGGUUCAAACCGGCACAUAUUUAUGAGGUCAUGAUGUACAGAGUUUGGUGAGUGUGCUUUAUGAAUGAAACGCUAAAUGUGGAUGAUGUGCAGGUCCUGUUUCAUAUUACUCACACACACACACACACACACACACACUCACACACACACACAGAUGAUAAACAAAGACAACUUUUAUUGGUUGGCUCAUUCGUCACACACACGUGGCUCUGGUCUUGUGGAACAACACCUGGCAGCGCACGCUGACUCCACUGCAACAAGGCUCAUCUGGUUUCACUCCAUGAAAAAAAAACGAGUUUCGUGGUGAAACUGAUCUCAAGUCAGUUCAGCCAUAAUCUCCUCUUAGCUCUCCGACCCCUCUCCCCUGUUAUCAUUUUGUCUUCCUCUUUGCAUGAAAACUCACCUGGAGGCAUGAUCAUGAGAAACACCUAUCCUUCUUUCUCUUUCCUCAUCUCUUCCUCUUAAUCCUUUCAUAUUUCAUCACUUCAUCUCAGUCUGAUAAAUGUCAUCUCCUCUUUUGAGUUUUUUCAUUCUUUCCUUUUCAAACAUCUAAUCUCAUCAGUCUCAUCUCUCUUUUCCUCUGCUGUAUGUCUUUCAUGUCUGUGUUGAUUUCCAUUUGCAUGAUUUUUUUUUCUAUGUGCCUUCAUCUUUCUCUCAUUCCCUCCCCUUAAAAUUUUCCAUCCAUCCAUCCUCAUCCCUCUGCCUUCACAGAGAGGAGGAAUAUGAGGAUGAGAUAGAGGGGGAGGAAGAGGAGGAGGAGGAGCAGACUCCAGUGACUGAGUCUGAUUCGGAUGAUCAGCAGGGGGCUGAAACUGUGUCUAAAGAGACCACCCCCAGGUAUUUUAGGACACAGUGGUUAUGUGGAAAUUACAUAAUGUCCUGUGGUUUUAUAUAUAUCUUCAGGGUCUAUUUACAAACCCACAAAGAUAUUGGAUGUGUCUUCUUUCACUUUAUUUCCUGGUGUACCUGGCGGGUUCCAUCUUUUGUGGUCUGUUGUCCUGGUAGUAAUUCGUACCAUGAAACAAUGCUCUGUUGUUGCAGAGAAGUUCAUCUUCUCUGAUAUAUUUGUGCAGCCUUGUUUAUUCCUCUCAAUCCAUUCCUCUGUUCCUAGCUCGGCUAGACAUCCUCCAUCCAUAAUUCAUCGAACAACUGUCCAGUCCAUCACUAUCACAUCCAGAAAGGAGAGUAUAAAAGAGGAGGAGCAGAGGAAUCGGACUGAACCCCACCAAACACCCACCCUGCUCUCGCCCCCUACCCCUACCCCUACCUCCUCUCCUCUCAGCCCUCCGGCCCAGCCCUCCCUGCUGGCCUCCCUGCUGGCCAGGAAGAGGUCUAUUGUCACUGUCCCAGCUACUAAAGAAGUCAGCCCGCCGUCCCGCGGCAGCAGCCGCCCCUCCUCUGACCGCCUGCCCUACCUGCCGCACUCGCCUUUCCACCUUUUCUCCUAUGACCUAGACGAGGAGCCGUCACCCCCGGCUCCUGCCAAACCCAGCGAGGAGUCACCCAAACCAACAUCUCCCAGGUCAGGCUGGACAGCAGGGCUUAAGCACCUGAGAGUUCAGAAGCACAGAGGCUCUGCUCACGUCUCUUGGAUGUUGCACUUUUCCUCUUUUAGUUUCACUUCUCUUUCUGGCUUUUUUCUGGCAGCAGCUGAGAUCUCUUCACACAUCACCUUUUUUAUCCAUCACCCCUCUCUUCACUUGUUUCCUUUCACUCCUUUGCCUGCUUCCCACCUCUUAGUGUGUCAGUGCUCUUAUUAUUAUAACCAGUUCUUCCUUCACAUCCCUUCUUCUUCUUCUUCAUGCUGUCUGGAUAGUCCAGGACUGCAAACCCCACUUUGUUUCCAAGCUUUUCCUCUUCUUCUGCGACAGCAUGAACACAGUCAUGCUUUCACUGACACCCUUUAAAUUUCACACCUGUAGUCUCACUUCCUGCUUGUUAGCUAGAUCCCUUUCAUGGAACUUAUUCACUGUUACUUUCUACUUCACUGAAUACUUGCUAUGAUGAGCUAAAUUGUACGGUUUGUUUAAUGCUGCUUUUUCUUCUUUCAGUGCAUAUCAAAAAUUCCUUCAGUUUAGCAUCUAUGAGACCUUUUAAAAGACACAUUUUUAGAUAUUUUACUUAUAUUUAGACACUUUAAUUUGCAGCUUUAUUCACAUGGACAGUGCCCAGCAUAAGUCAGUACACCCCCUAUUAAAAGAAAUGUAUUACUCAAUAUCUUGACGAGCAAAAGUACAAUUUCCAAAGUUUUGACAUUUUAUUUACCAUAAGUUGAAAAUAAGGGUGAUAUAAUAACUGAGAUUUAGCUUUGCCCCCAGAACUUUGACUGGGGUGUACUCAUUUUUGCAUCCUGCUUUUAAAUUUAAAAAAAUACUUUUUUGUAUGCAACUUAAAAAAUCUUGUUUGCAAUCAACGGCCUACAUUUGAUAUAUUUUACUUAUGUUAUAUUUAGCUACGCCAAUCACAGCUUUAUUCACCUGUACAGCUCUGGAAAAAAUGGGAAAUCAUUGCAAAUUGUUCUCAAAUAAGUGUCCUAAUGCGCUAAAUAUAGAUUCCUUAACUAUUCCUGUGAUAAUGUGUAAGCACCCUUACAUUUGAUUAUGAGUGGAAGCUUGUUUUUCACUUUGUAUUAUACAUAGUCUGACAGAAACCGCAUCCUUGGUAUUGAACCAAAUUGUCAGUAUCUGCAAAGACCCAAGACCUGAGGGUGUUUUAUAAGGUCAGUGGGGGGUCAAAAGAAAUAAGAAAAAUAAUAAUCAUUCACAUUAUUGAUAACUUGCAAAUAGUAAAACUGGAGAGAAACAUGUGUUUUCAGUGGUCUCUUAAUUUUUUUUCAGAGCUGUAAUUUAGUUCCACGUGUUAAACCUGUAAUAAACAAGAAUCAGAUGCUAAUAUGGUAAAAUUACCACAUCACACCUCUCCUCUGACUGCAGUCUCAGUCUAAGCAUUGGUGUGACGAUGAGUCAGAUUCAUUAAAUAUUGCCCAGCAGUCUUUUCAGCUUCACACUGGAGAAACACCUUGACUGGAAUUUUCCAGAAACACAAGCGUAUAAACUCUACAGGAGCCACUAAUAGGGGUCACCUGCGUGUUGCACCAAUAGCGUUCCUGUUAUGUAACAAGGUGUCACUUUGAUUCCUCGCCACUGGUGCUGAACUGAGGAGUUAGUAAGGUAUCGUGUAUCUGGCUGACUAAGGGGCUCACUUGCUGUCACCCACUUCUCCCCCCCUCUCUCGCUCAGGAAUGGAGGUGUCACAUCUUUCUCCUCCCUCAGCAGUCCAACUUCACCCACCAGCCCCAGGUGAGAGGAGUGUGCAGUAACAUGUGCGCACUCACACAUCCUUAAGAAAUACACACACGUACUGUUAACACAUUCACAUGAACAAACAUGCACAUACUCACAUGUGUGACAAGUGUGCGGCCCUGUGGUACACCGAUGCUGCUGACAUGCUGCAGCAAAUGUGAUCGCAGCUCUCGGGUUCCUUGGUUACUGAGCUGUGACUAUUUCCUGCCUGGAAAACACAGUCAUUAAAAGAAAAUUUAUGACCUGCUAUGCGCACGCACAUGCUUAGAGAAGCUGUGUUAAUGCAAGGAUAAGUUGCUGUGUAAUGUUUGUUAUUUUAGCUGUUUAGUUUGUGUUGAAAGCUCAAGAUAAAAAACAGGAAUGCAUCACUCCAGAGUCUCAUCUCAGUCAUUUGGUCGUAGUAGGAGGAUAGUCAAUAAAUUAAAGAGACAAAAAAAAAUCCCAUGAUGAUGCCUUUCUUUCCUAUUUGCAAUGUAUAAACAUACUUCCUCUGUUCCUUCUCUAUUUAUUUUACCCCAGACCGGCUUUGGGUGGACUUCUGUCGUCUUCAUACCGACAACACCAGGAAUCUCUGGCAGCUGAGCGAGAGCGCCGCCGCUUGGAGAGAGAGGAAAGGCUGCAGAGGAUAGAGAGAGAGGAGAGGAACAAGCACAGGUGAAGCAGAACUACAGAUAUAAUAUGAGAAAAAAAAUUUAAUUAGUUAAAGGGAUAUUCUGGCGUAAAAUUAAUUUAGGGUCAAAUACACUGUACCACUAAGUGAUACACCCCCUUGAGAGAUGAAUGUUGCCGACCGCUUGCUUCUCUAGUUAUACCAACUUUAGUAAAGACCGCAUGAUAGCAAUACACAUCGGUCUCAGGAGCCACAUACAAACUUCAACCAAAACGCCACUCUAUAGCCACAAAUAAUGCUCAGAACAGCACCUAACUUCAUCAACAGUAUAGAUAGGGUCCCAACAUCUUUUUAGCUUUGCCCAAUUUCUUUAGCACAGAGACUAAACACAACUCACCCACUCUCUUCGGGGGGGCGCAGCUCAAGGAAGAACAUUUAUAAUCAUUUCAUCAUGGAAAUGCAAUCAGACCGAGACACUAGGGCAGAAGAACUACUGUGUCUGCAGUAAAAAAAGAUUAAUUUGAUGAUUAUUACUUCAAGGAAAUGAUAAAGUAAACAUCAUUAUCCUAAAUUAACUUUACGCUGGAUUAUCCCUUUAAAGGCAAAGCUUUCACGAGUAUACAGGAAGCACAUGAUGGAAUUAUAAGUGGCAGAUAUAUUCAGAAAAAACAGACUUUUUUAUACGUCUCAAGUGUCUCGUGUGAAAGUUAAUACUUCACAUUCUUAAUUGUGGUCUAAUCACUGCAGUAAACUGUGUGACAAGCAUUUAAAAACAUAGAUUCAAUUGCUUCAUUGUGCAUAUGCAUGGUGUAGAAAACAGAAUGUAUCCACACAGGCAGGUUUACAGAAGUUAAACCUGAUUGUUGUGAUUUAAGACUAUCUGUUUGUGUGACUCCCACAGCCGCGACUUUGUGGACAAAAUGGAAGAAGCCAGGCAUGCGCGGGAGGAGAGGUAAGCGUGUGCACUGAAUCAAAACAACUCACACUCAGAGAACAGCUGAACCUGGAAGGGAUAGGUUUCAGCUCUGUGGUUUGGGAAGUUCAGUAACAGCGUAAUUGUUUUCAGGUUAAAAAAGUUGCCCCAGAGGCUGCAGGGAGACUGAAACACUUUUCUCUGCUCUCUUUGCCUGUUUUCACAUUUCUUAUGGUGCUGUUUAAUUGUUAGGCUGCAUGCGGAGAGAUUCAAAUCUGAUUCUUUAUGACUUUCACACUAAAUACUCACUUUGAACUUGAGCACAGGCAUGCAAUUGAGAAUUUUCCUGAAACGUUUAAAUGUGUAUUAACAGACAAAACUGAAUCUCAGGACAACACGAAACUCUUGAAGAGGGUAUUUGAGGUCACGAUCAGAUUUUGGAUGACUUAUUGAAUACAGUGAUUUGGACAGAUAUGCAUCGGCUGAUGGUGAUCUAUUUAAUCAAAACACAAGAUUCCAUAUAAAGGGUUAACCUCUUUUGUUUAUCUUACAUCUUCUGUCCUUUUCUCCCCUUUCUCCUCAUCUACUUUUAAAAGUCUCUAUACCAGAUAUCAAUACAUCUUCUGUAAGAUCCAAACCUGUUCCCCCUUAACCUAAAGUGUUUUUUUAAACAAUAAGACAGUGUCUGAAAGUCAACGAGAACAGACAUAGACUUAAAAUACUCUGAGUCAACAACAGAUGGAAGAAACAAGCACAGAACAGACAGAAAGAGGGAGGUAAGCUGCUGAGUGAGAAGACUGGGGAUGCAUCCAAAGGAGAUGUUGAUAUAUUUACGGAGGAUUUGGACGCUACAGUUAUCAGGCCAACAGGAUUUCUUACCCCAGUUCACCUCCCUUUGGGAUUCAGCCUUGUAACACCUGGGCGAGAACACUUGUGUAAAAUGAGAUGAUGUUAAUGACAGAUGACUGAGUCUAAAACAGAUUUUUGAUGGCAUGAAUACAAGUGUACAAUCCCCAAAACAUAAAGCAAAUGUUUAAGUUUUUUUCAGCCUUUUAAACAGAAUUCUCCCAUAACUUUAAUUUAUCAUCAAAUACCUGCAAAACUAAUGAUGACCUCUAUGAACUUUGUGUCUCAAACUACCAUCUACCAAAGAGUCUGGUCCAAAAGUUUCUCAGAAGUAGGAGGGGACUGAUUUGUUAAACGUGAAGUGCACAGGUGUCCUCUAAAGAGCUGAGUCUUUAGCUUUUUUCUUAAAGGAAAAGAAAGAGACUCUGUAGAUCUAACUGAGUUUGAUCAUUGGGGACAACAGAGGAGAAGAGGCUGGCUAGGGCCUUGUGUUUGGUACACCAUGUGCCUUUCAUUGGCAGAGUAUAGCUGGCUGGAGGGAGUGUAGACCUGCAUGAGAGACUACAGGAAGACAGGAGCGGUUUGUGUUGUAGUUUUGUAGGCAAUGAGUAAGGCUUUAUAUUUGAUGGGGGCUGCUACUGGAAGCCAGUCGACAGAGAUGAAAAGAGGAGUGGCAUGCUGUUUCAGGGUUGGUUGAAAACCAGACAGGCUGCUGCAUGGUGGACCAUUUGCAGAAGUUUAACUGUACAUGCAGGAAGGCCCAUCAGAAAGAAGUUGUAGUAGUCAGUUCCUGAUAUUAGAAGAGCCUGUACCAGCUGUGUUGUGUUGUGCACUGUCAGGUAUGGUCUUAUCCUCCUGAUGUCAUGGAGGAUAUCAGUUGGACAGAAUAAUAGAGGCCACAUGAACUAUAAGAGUUACUUGGUGAUCAGUCAUGACACCAAGAUUCAGGCAAGAUUUUGUGGACACUAGGGAUGGGCGAAAUGGGCAAAAAAAUGUAUCACGAUAAGAUUUACCAUUCUGGCAAUAACAAUAAAAGUCCCGAUAUAAAAUAUAAUGAUUCCAAUCUAUAUUUUUGACUCAUUUUGUCUUGAGAACACCAGUUGGAGUACAGGUCAAAGGUUACUUUGACCUUAUACCACAUAAGAUACUUAACCACAAGUUUAAGUGGUAGGUUAUGGCGAAAACUAAUGACAUCAAACAAGUCUCAAAUGUGAAAACACUUUUAACAUUUGUUAAAAACUCCUAUUGCACAGAGUGAACAGCAGCAGAUCUACCAUCCAGUGUCAGGCAUACCUGAUUACACUCAUCUAAACCCCAAUCUUGAAGGAAAUCCCUCAUGUGAAACCUCGUUCAGUAACAAGCUGCUCAAAAACGUCUUCUUCAUUACCUUCGGCCAUGUUUGUUUGUUAUUCUGAUCUGUGUGGGCUCUGGCUGCAAGGCCGUCGCUCACGGUUACGUCAUCAACUGACUGUAUAUUGUGAACGCUAAUUUAUUGCCCAUCCCUAGUGGGCACAGGGCCAUUUGAUCCAAGCUGCAUCUAGAUUUGUGGUUGUAUAGAGAUGAUACUUUGAAAAGAUCUGAUGUCAGCAAAUGUUGUUAACACAUACGUUGAAUAUAUUGCAGAACAUACUUAAUAAAUCACAUAUAUUCAUCACCAUCUUGGGUAAUAAUCUUAUUACUCUAGUCUGGGUGUUGACAGACAAUAAGAGUUAACAUAUGUAAUAUUAUGUGAAGAUUGCCCUACACAUAGAUGUAUAAAAAGACAACAUAGAUAUAUGUGGUAAACAGCUUAUCAAAUAAUAGUGACAUACUGAUAUAAAUUGUGUUUACAGUAGUAUUCUGAUAUGUGAGUGUUUUCAAAACAAUCACUCAGCUCCUUUUGUUUCCAAGUGUGAAAUCACAUGAAGUACACUGAUAGUCUUGAGUCCAAAUUGAAGCAAACAAUACACACUUGGCUCAUGGACACAAGUUCACACAUAUACUGGUAUCCAGUUUCUUCAGCUCUCUGAAGUGGCCUGAUGCAAAUGAACUUUGAACAGAAGCUCCACACAUUCACGGUGCUGUGGGAAAGAGGAGGGGUCACAGACAGACAGAAAGGGAGAGAGAGAGAGAGAGAGAGACAGAGGACGGGAGAGGGUUGAAACAGUGCCCUAAAUCUCUUUUCGGGCCAGCAGGUUGAGCUGUAAAGUUUGGUAGGAGAAGAGAGGAGGAAAAGUGACACGGGAGGAGAGCUGAUGGAGGCACAUCUUGAACAGGUUUACUCUGAUUCUCUUCUGAUGUUUGGCCUUUCAGCAGCCAGACUUACUUCAACUUCUGCUCAUCUCCUCUUUCUCAUACACCCUGAACUCCACGUCUUCUUCUUUGAGCUUCUUUCUGGUCGCAUGUUAGGAAAAUCGCAGAGCAGCAGGUGAAAGCUGAGCAUUCGGAGACGGGAGAGCAGAGCAGGAUGGAAAAAGGGGGUGAAUGCUUUGAAUGCUUUGUGGACGGUUAAUGGGAUAAGAGGGGGAGGAGUGAGGAGGGCUUAUAGUGUGAAAAAGUGUCAUUGCAGCUGUAGAGGAGAAAACACUAGAAGAGCUUGUGGGUCUAGUAGAUUAAAUAGUUUAAACUCAUGGUGACAAGAUCAAUUCAGGGGAAAAAAAGAGUCUGACAAAGAGUUGGAUUUUUGUCAAUUUGUGUUUUCCCUCUUCUGAAUCCUCCUCUCUUUUCUAGGUACAAGAACGUUGAGCGGCUUGCAGCUGAAGAGUAUGAGAAGGAGCGCAUCCGUGUGUCAAGGACUCGCCCUGAUUUCAGCCUGAACUUUGAACCCUCAGAAGCCUGGCCUUCGUCAUCCCGUAGCAGCAGCCCUUCUUCCUAUGCCUCCCAGGACGACACAGAAGCUGACCUCGAACCUGAGACUUCGGCCACUGCCUCCCCUCCUUCUGAGAUUGGUAGGACAGCUGGGAAUAUUGUUUGAUGAAGUAGCUUAUAGUAAAAACACGACUAACAUGCUACAUCUGUGAGUUUCUAUCAACUGUUUAAUAAGACUAACCACUGUGGGAAAAUCACGACUCUGCAGCCAAAUACUGCCUUUUCAGCAACAUGUUUAAAUGUACAAUUCAUGUUUUUUUUUUGUUUGUUUUUGUUUUUAAUUUAAAUAUAUCAGUAUUAGUAAUGGUGCUACUCGAUAUACUACCUUUUUCUCACUAAUACCGUAAAUACAAAAUCAAAAACUUAAAGGGUUUUGCUUCGGCUGGACUGUGACUUAUAAAAAAAUAUCAUGUAGCUCCAAUAAUGUCUCAGUAGCUACAGUAGCUAAUGGACUAAUGUCUGAGAGCCAGUUCAGGCAGGCAACUCAAGCUGCACUGACUUCAGACUUGAUAUGUCUAAAGUCACAAUCCAAACUGAUCUAUCCCUCAAAUUUAGCUUCUAUUACAGUCUCCGGUCAUUGUUAGAUGACAGCGCCACCACUUCUGCUCUACAUAAGCGCGGCAUUCAAACCUCCAGCCCCACAGUCACCCCAGCAUCUGACUUUGGCACCCCCUGUGGACAAAGUGGUAACCCUGAUAUCAUUGCAGAUUCCAUCUCUUCUUUGUGAGAGUGGUGGUAAUUGACCCCCCCAAAAAAAAUUAUCUUGUUGUCUUUUUGUAUAGAAAUUAAUCACCCACUGUGAAUGUUUGCGUGGAAAAGUCUACUCAGGCUGUUUCUUUGACAUAUCUACCCCCUCAAAGCAGAUACAGGCAUUAAAAAUCACAACAUAGAAACAGUCUUAUUUGCUUUUGUACAUUAUAGAGAUCCAUGACUGUUCAUUUCAGUCUGUUUUAUAACCAAACAAAACAAAGACUCCUCCCAGGAGCUUUAAUAUCGAUCAGAUGUCGGAUGAUUUUUUUGCGGUAUUUUGGAGAGAACAGUGGAUAGAGUAUGAAACUGGGGAGAGGGUGAAUGACAUGAGGUCAGGGACUGCAGGUCAAAAUCAGUCCACUUUGACAACUAUGGCCUCUGUAUAUGUAGUGUGCAAUUUAACCUAUGAGCUAAAGGGGAACGUCUUAAGGCUUUUCAUAUUUAGUGUUUGAAUACAUAUGGGAUUUAUGAUUGAAGCCAAAAAGUCCCCAGUUUAAAUUCCCACUGUCCACAACAAUCAUUAAUAACUUCUAAACUGUUUCAGUUUAAAUCAGCGUACUGGCAUAAUUAAAGAAGGAAAGUGAAGCAGAUGUGGAAACAGUUUAAGUAGAGGCGGGGCCGCCGUCAGCUGGGGUGACAGAAAAAAACACACACAGAGGAUAUGGGUGAAAGGGUCAAACGGGUUUUUGAAAGACCUUUUUGAAAAAGUGACUCCAAAACAUCUUGCAUAAGAAAACAACCUUGUUUUGGAGCUGAACGCAUGCACAGCCAUGAGCUGAGGUAGUGCACCUCGAACAGGCGUCACAGUGUCGUCGUGUUAUUCUAACCCCGCCUGCAUCACUGCAUGGACUGUACCUCUGAGUUACGUGUUUGUAGCGUACAUAUAAGUAUGUUUUGAUGUAAACAGGAACUUAAUUCUUCAUUUCCUGUUCAUAUCCUGAUUCUACAACAACCAGGCUCUCUGUACCUGAUAUCUUGUUUACAUAAGUGUAUGGGUGUGUGUUUUUGUUUUUCUUGUCCAUGUGUGUGAGUGUAUGUUGAUAUAGGGGUGUCCCACGUGAAGCCUAAACAGAGGGGCCUUUAAAAUCAAAGACAGCCAUGUCGUAUGUUUUAAACUGUAUUUCCCUGCAGACUUGAGAACAACUGUGUGUCUCUGUGUGAAUGAUAGUAAAGCUCUUUUUACAGGAUGAAACAACCUUUUUUCUCUUUGUGACAGGGGAGGCUGAGGACUCCUGUGCCAGUGUAGAAACAGAAGACAAAGAGGCUACCGCUGUAGAGGAAGGGGAACAGAAAGAGGAAGAAGAGGAAGAAAAGGGAGAGCAGGUAGAAGAGGAAGCCCAGGAGGAAGAAGCGGAGAAGGAGGCACCGGAAGAAGUGGCAACAGAAAAGCAGGAGGAAGAAGAGGAGGAGGAAGGUGAAAAAGAGUGUGAGCAGGAGAAGGAGAAGGAGACAGAGGAGGCGGAGGAGGACAGUGGCAUCCUGAGUGACAAGGAACGACAGAAUGAGGAGGUGAACGAAAAGGAUAACUGCUCGGCGUCCAGCAUCUCCUCCGCCAGCAGCACUCUGGAGAGAGAGGAGAGGGGCAGCAGUGAGAAUGGUGGGUAGUAAAAAACAAAAAAGAAAAACUAUAACACGACUCUACAGCGUCUUUUUUUUCUUUUCUUGAUGUCCUGUUUGUAAGUUUCCUGUUUGAUGUUUUCUGUUAAUGUUCUGAUUCCUUUGCUUGGCUCAUCUCUUCACAUGAUGCUGCAUUGUAUUUGUAAUUCAGUCGAUACUGAAGGGUUCUUUGAUUCACAGACAAUGGCAUUAGCAUACAGAGUGCACGCUCACUUAAAUACCUCUCUCCUCCUUCUCAGGCCUUAAGGAGGCUGACGUGAAUGAACACAGCAGUAAACUCCUCAACAGCAAGCUCUUCAUGCUGGACAUGCUGUACUCUCAGAACAAGAAGCCCAGUGACGAGGAGGACGAAGAAGAAGAUGCAGAAAAGGAGAAGGAGAAAGACAAAGGAGAGGAGGAGGUGGACAAAGACACACAGGAGGAUGCUGAAGGAGAGCCAGGUGCUGAGCAGGAGAGCAACAACAGGCCAGACAAACCAGAGCACCGCGGGACCAUCCGACCAUUCGCUGAGCGGUUUGGAGACUUAAUCAAGGACCUGAAUUCACCACACCCUCACCUGGAUGUCCCGGUCAAUGAGCCCCCACCUCCCCCACCCAAAAAGGAAUCAGACACCAUCUGGGACCAGCUCCUCGCCAGCCCUCGAGAGCUGCGCAUCAGGGACAUCAACUUUACCGACCUGACGGAGGACGAUGACAAAGACAUUCUGGAUGCUGUUAUGAUGGGAGGGUGCAGCAGCCUUCCGCCCCCGCCGCCUCUUCCACCCUGCAUCCCACGCUUCCCUCCACCCCCGCCCAUGCUAGGCGGCUGCCCACCACCUCCCCCCUUGAUGGGAAUUAUGAGGCCGCCUCCUCCUCCUUCCUUAUUCAGCCCCCCAGUUCCAGUGCCUCCUCCACCGGAGCCGCCUCUCUUUAACAAGAAGAAGAAAACAAUCAGACUCUUCUGGAGCGAGGUGAGCCAAGAUACAACGGCCAUAUUGUCUGCUACAACUGAGGCGUAUUGGACUAAAUAAACACUUUCUUUACUGUUUUCAUUCAGACUCAGACACUUAAAGAUUACAUCACCUUCAUUUUUGUAAACACAAUAACUUACCUUACCAUCUAGACCUGGUUGACGGAGCAGGAAAAGAAGCACUUUUUCUCUGUUUGUAGAGAAAUUAGAUCAUAGUAAUGCUUUCAUGUCCAGUUUUUACUAAUAGUAAAGAAGAUAAGGUGCUUUAACGACUAAGAUCACGUUCACACCAGCCUUGUUUAGUCCAUUUAAACUGAAACCUGGAGUGUUUACCUCCUUGGUGCGGUUUGUUUUGGUUGGUGUGAACACCAGCCUCGAACUCUGGUGCGGACCAGUCAACCGCCCUCAGGUCCACCUGGUAGGGGUGGUAUCAGACCGCUAUCAAGUGAACUCUAGAGCGAUUUACUUCUGGUAUGAACCCCAUCUGCACCCAUCAAAGGAAGCUCGCCUUGAAAAAACAUUGUGCUCAUUAUUGCCUGUCAUCUUCUGUGAUAUGACCGUUCGAUUGCAGAGCGUCUCCUGUGACAUUUGUGUAUUAAUACGUUAUUUAAUUGCCGCAGUCUUCCCAGCUGUUCAUUUGCGCGGUCUGUUAAAGUCUGCUGAUAUGCAGUACAGAUCAGCACCAACAUAAAAAUGAGCAGACAAUGCUCCGUGAUGUACAGUAAAAAAUUGCGAGGGAUUUGUCGUCUACCCGCCUAAACUGUAUAAGUGAUCACCAAACAGCAUUUGCUGCCAUGUGACAAUUUUGGACCGUUUGAGUUUGUGAAUGUGAACUGUUCCAGUCGAAAAAUUGCAACAAUGUAUCAUCCUCACUUUGGUUCAUAUCAGAAAACUGACCUUUUAGUGCGAACAUGACCUAAGACAGCAUGUUUCCGUUAAAGGGUCAUGACACUGAAUGAUUUGCUUUAAAUAUUCUUAUAGCCGGUAGUAUUUGUAGUUCUUAAAUUUUUUAAUUGUCUUUAUCAUGUUUCUGCAUAAUGCAGUCCUGACUUGUUCUAUUUGUCCUCAGGUACAUCCCACAGAGUCUCAGUACAGGGACUAUAAACGGAGUGGAGAUUUGCUUUGGUCCAAACUAGAACCGGUUAAGGUGGACACAGCCAAACUGGAACACCUGUUUGAGUCCAAAUCAAAGGAAAUACCAGUAACAAAGGUAAACAGCUCAUACCUGGAGAGGGUUUAGAGAGGUUUGCAUGUGAAACUCCUCAUGUUUUGUAUUUAACAUAUUUGAAGAAAACUGAACUCUCUCUGUGUGUAAACUAUGCCUCCCUUCAGUUGUGCACUUUUAAUUUUGUCCUAAUGGUGUUUCAUGGAUCUCACCUCCCAGCCUGUGGUUAAGCCUCUAUUAUCUCCAUCACCUUUAAGGUGCUGUUUUAAGGGUUAAUUGAGUUCUCAUGUGCUCUGACAUGUACGUUUUCAAAUCCUACAUGAUUCUCCCAAAGCCCCCAAAUAAGAAAAGUAUGGUCAGAUGAGGGGGGGAGCUGAACCUGAGCUUCUCACACUUUGAACUCCUGAGCCUCCGCUUUGAAACCACACCUUCCAGUGCAGAGAAACCAGCUCGUACCUCACCUCCACCCAGCUUCUGGUCUGUACUUUACAUGUUAGUAUGAUGGUGGUCUUCGACUAAAGUAUCCAAACAGCUCAAGCAAAUCUGACAGGUAAUAAGAAAAUCUAGGAUAUAGAGGACCACCUGAACACUGAGGCCAUCAGAGGUAGAGUGGUAUUACUUUGUUAUUGCCCUCCAUUGAGUGUUAUUAUGGGAAUCCAUCAAAAUUUCAAGCAUUUGUUACAUAGUCAUCAAAUAGGUUCAGACUAAUUUCCAGCAUACUUUUUAAGCAAUUAGUUUUUUUGGCAUUCUCCAUCAUUCCAUCGCAGAUACAGAUAGGAGAGACCGGCGCUUGCCCUUUCAACUGAGGAUUGAGGCGAUUUUACCAGAGAUGGCCCACAUUAUCAAGAGAUGAUUUAGGCUUUUUGUCAAAAAAUGACUUAGGCCAUUAUUUUAAUAGAGAGACGAUAUGAUGUGUUGAUUCCAAGAAAUGUAUAAGAGUGUAAAAAAUGUGACAACAAGCCCUGGUCUCCCCUACCAUUUUUGAGAGUUUGUGUGUUUUAAUCAGUUCAAUACCUGCCGACCACCUUCAAACAAUGUAAAACUAUAUAUUACUACUAUGAAUUCAUUCAUAAAUUAUUUUCAUACUUUUGUAAAUAUGUAAAUGACUUCCUAACUAGUACAAGUAUAAAUAGUAACCUGACAGCCAACAGGUGUUGCUCUACCGUGUAAGUCUGACAGCUCCAUAUGGUGAGUAUCCAGUGACCCGAUCUUAGCAGCUACUCCGUUACGCUUUUACUUGGUGAAAUAAAACAACUUCCUACCUUUAAAAUUCCACACGGUCCAAGUCGCCAAGUGCUGCUGAGCUCAUAUGUUUAUAUACAGAGACAUAAAGACUGCAGACCUAUGAAACACCCACAGAAGCACAUAUAACCGCACAGAGCUUUCCUGUAAUGGCAUUUCCAUCGAUGGGCUUUCCACAGCUGUGUUCAAUGUAACCUGAGUGAGGAUUCCUGUAAUCUUUACAAGCACAUAAAGCAGACCACACAAGGUAAGAGACGAAAAGAGAAAAAGGACCCAGCUCUGACGCGCUUUGUUACUUCUCUUGUGUGACAGAAAACUGCAGCAGACGGGAAGCGACAGGAAAUCAUCGUUUUGGACUCCAAGAGGAGCAACGCCAUCAACAUCGGUCUGACGGUGCUGCCUCCUCCUCGCACCAUAAAGACUGCCAUACUGAACUUUGACGAAUACGCGCUCAACAAGGAGGGGAUAGAGGUUAGAGUUUCAUUCAACUAUCACUCAUGUUUUUUAACCAGUUACACAGACCUGGACUUCAGAAUUGGUCAGUAACCUUACAAUCUUUAGCUUUCGUAUUAAUGCUCUAGGCCUCAUUUCCCAGGACAUUCCUAAGAUUUUAAAACAGAUUCAUGAACUUUUUUCUCAAACCUCAGGAUUUCCUAACAUGUCUCCUUAAAUUGAUGAAAGCCUUGUCCUCACAAGUUUGAAGCCCAUGCCAGUUUUUCCCUUUUAUUUGGCCCAUAAAAGGGCAGGAGACUGCAGUGCCAUGUGUUCUCACAGAACUCACACAAGGCUGAACAGAAAAGUCAUGAGACAACAGAAAUGAAUACUGGACUUCAUUGAUUGUACAAUGGAUUCGAAAGGAAAGAAAUACUUGAAGCUCCUAUGAGGAGUUUUUU